UAGACAGCGAAAAGUGUGCUCCUCUUCCCGUUGUGGCAGAACAAGCCGCUGGAGAUUUCACCCCGGGAACAUGUCCGGAGUACAGAUUAUAGCAUUCGCCCUUUGUUUUUGUGGAAUAGGAGCGAUUAUUGCAGCCACGGUCUCAAACGAAUGGAAAGUGACCAGCAGGGCUUCGUCUGUGAUCACAGCGACGUGGGUCUUCCAGGGUCUCUGGAUGAAUUGUGCAGGAAAUGCCCUGGGUGCUUUUCACUGCAGACCUCACCUGACCAUCUUCAAAAUAGAGAGUAAGUGAAAGGGAACUAGAGGGUGGGUAUCUAUAUGUAUGUGUGGAUCUUGUUAGGUGGGGAACGAAUACGGCUUUCGUGAUACUUGUAAAGGGGGGUACAUGCUUAGAUUAGGAUGCUUGUUUGAGUCAUUGACAUUUGAGAUUUGGAAUGGGGGACCGCUGGGAGGCUAGCAUGAGCCCUGUUUUCUUGGCCACCGCUCUUUACUCCCUUCGUUGCUGCCGCCGCUGCCAUUUCUGCUGCUGAUGGUCUUCAACGCUCACAAAAUCAAACGUAAACAGUUCCUCCUGUAGCCACUUCAUCUCUUCGUUAAUAUCCACUUAAUCCUUCUCUUGAUGUUACGGUCGAGCCUUGGUUCUCAAAUGGCUCCAUUUUCAAACGUUUUGGUUCACGAACGCCGAAAACACGGAUAUACAAAUGCUCAGGUUUUUGAACGUUUUUCGGAACCGAAAUGUCCGACGCAGCUUCCGCUUGAGUGCAAGAAGCACUUGCAGCCAAUCAGAAGCCGUGCCUCGAUUGUUGAACAUUUCAGAAGUCAAACGGUCUUCUGGAACGGAUUACGUUUGACAACCAAGGUUUGACUGUAGUCCAUACUCACAGCUGACCUUUAUUCUUUCCUUACAUACAGCACCUCUGUUAUUUAUCAUAAAUACAAAAUCCAUUUCAAAUCCUUCAUAAACGUUGUUCUCAGACCUGGUGUGUUGGGAGAGUUAAUUGCUAUCUUCCUUUGUCCAGUUCAGUUCAGGAGGAAGUGAUGGACAUAUGUUUGCAACAGGAGCAGGGAACCUGUUUUUCCCCCCUAAGAAAUUGUAUUAAAGUAAUUUGGUCUGAUCUGUAAUAAUUUGGAAAACUAAAAAAAAAUAAUAUUAAGUAAACAUAAACAAGGACAUUGCCAGGCUUCUUAGCAUUCAUCAGGGAUGUCCAACAGGUUGAUCGCGAUGUACUGGUAGAUCCCCAGGAGGUUUUGGUAGAUCAUGGUCGAUCUCUGGGUCCUUUUCCUUAUCAUUGGUAAAACAGAAUCCGUCUUUCCUCCUUCCUAAAAAAAGCCCAACAACUUUGACCUGAACCCCUAAAAGGGGGGUAGAUCACUGCCAGUUUUUAAUUCUGUGAGUAGAUUGCAGUCUCUUGGGAGUUGGCCACCCCUGGUAUACAUCAACCAUGUUUAUAUGUACAUGGUCACUAAUGCCUGUUAACAUCAAAUACAAAAUGGUAGCAGCAACAGGCAAGGAGAUAACACCAGGCAGAGGCCACCAGAAUGGCAUAAAGGUAAAGUAAAGGGACCCCUGACCAUUAGGUCCAGUCGUGGCCAACUCUGGGGUUGCGGCGCUCAUCUCGCUUUAUUGGCCGAGGGAGCUGGCGUACAGCUUCCGGGUCACGUGGCCAGCAUGACUAAGCCGCUUCUGGCGAACAAGAGCAGCACACGGAAACACCGUUUACCUUCCCGCCAGAGCGGUACCUAUUUAUCUACUUGCACUUUGACGUGCUUUCGAACUGCUAGGUUGGCAGGAGCAGGGACUGAGCAAUGGGAGCUCACCCUGUCGCAGGGAUUCGAACCGCCGACCUUCUGAUCGGCAAGUCCUAGGCUCUGUGGUUUAACCCACAGCGCCACCCGCGUCCCAACCAGAAUGGCAUACUUGGGUCUAAAAGAGCAGCAAGUUGCUCAGAUGGAUCAAAUCCUGUUUGGGAAGAUGUUUCAGAAGUUCCUAUCCCAGACCUUACACAGCCCAGUUCAAUAUUUUGAGUGUGUGUGGUUGUGUUUCACAAGUGCAUUUUAUUCUUUUGCUAGUUACGCUGUUUCAAAUGUGCCUUUUAUAUUUGACUUCACUUAGUAAAGCUUUCUUUUGAAAUGUUUAAGGUAAUUUUUUUUCUUAACUUUGCUCUCCUAAAUGUGAAUUCUGCAGUUGACCUCCUUAAAAAAAAAUUAGGAUAAUAUUUUAGUUUCCUAUUAAUUAUGUUUGAAUGAAUGUUAAUUGUAUUUAAAUGUAUACUUUAUAUUUGACUUUCUUCAGCAAUGUUUUAUUCUGAAUUGUUUUAUCUGCUGUUUUCAUGUAGGUUUUAAACUACUUUGAGAUUACCUCCCCCUUAAAAAUAUAAAACAGUAUAGAAAUGAUAUUAAUAAUAAUAAUAAUAAUAAUGAUAAUAAUAAUAAUUUCCUUCUUUGAUAACUUGCAAUACUUUUGAAAUAAAUUAAAAUGUUAUAAAGCUACUUGCUUGCAACCCUUUGAAAUAACAAUUAUGGAUCCAGGAUCUCUACAAUUAGAUGCUUCCACACCGAAGACAAACUUUAUGUCCAUGAUAGGGCGAUAGGGCUAAUCCAGGUAACGGAUUUAGAUCAUGAAUCUAUAAAUUUACUGGAUGUGAACAAACGUUCUGCCUUACCACUUGGAGAGUUGAUGCACCAGUGUCGGCAAAAGCUACCUUGGGGCUAAAGAGCUCAACCUGAAAAUUCGGUUCUUGUACAGUACGGAAUAGAGGCCAAGAAAAAUCAUUAUCCUUCUCUUGUGCCUAUUAAUCCAUCCUUACUUAUUUGUGACCUUUCCGAUCUAUUCUACCCAAACUAAGGAGAACCACCAUUGUUCUUCAUUUGUCAAAACAAGGGAUUGUUACAGAGGCGGCUUCCUUGAGAUUAAUAGUCUUCUUGUACCUGGAAAAUUUGAGACAAGUAAUACUGCAGACCUCCCACAUUCAGGGUAGGAGAUCUCUAUCUCUGACAGCAGCAGCAUGCUAAUUUUGAGGAGCUUUAGCACACAUGAGGGGUAAAGGAUAAGGAGAGUUUUAGCCAUAUGUCUGACAGCAAGAGAGUGUUAAAAUUCUCUUCAUUAUCUGCAGUGCUUUUUUCUAGGGGAAUGCAGAGGUACGCAUAGCCCUAAACAUUUUGGGAAUCUUUGUACUUUUGUCCAUUUCCUGUAUUUAUUUCCCCCGAUUUGAACUAUAAAAUGGUGAUUUUCUUGAGUCAAAAUGACAGUACCCCUAAACAUUCUUAAAGAAAAAAAUCACUGUCAGGAAUGGAUUUCCCCAGUUUACCAAGUAGUCGCACAUGCACUAGGGCAACUUGGUUAAUAGCUGUCAUUGCCCACAUCCACACAAAACAAAACCGAGUCUUAGCAUACAUGUGCUACCAUCUGAAGAAGAGAUUGCAGCUGGUUUGCUCCCACCUAGGCUUUUUAGGUUAGUGUGGCAGCUAAGUCAGGUUUGGCUUAGCAUGUUGUCUGAACCUAGGAUUUUGCUUCAAGUCUCUUGAAAUAUACUCGGAGUCGAGAGUGGAUUCAUUCAGCUCAUAGUGGUGCGGAGGAAUGGAAGUUCCCCCAGAAUGUCUGCUUUAUAUACAUUGUUUACAGAAUGGGCCCCACGUGAUUGGCUAAUUCCGGGAUUCACCUGUAGGCCAAUCAGGUUGCGGAUUCACAUGCACCUGGAGCUGGAUUGGGUGGCUCCUGUGAACCAAUCAGAUUACUGCAUUCUGGACCCUAUUGUUCUAGGACCAAUCAGACUGCUGCCUUUUGGAUCCUAUUCAACUCAGUACAUAACAUCUCUUUUUAACCAUGAACUGCAGUCACCCGCUUCUAAGCUAAGGAGAAAUUAGGCUAGGCUGUUGAUGUCGAAAUGCAGCUCUCUUUUUUUUUUUUUUUUUUUGCAUUUCUGCUUUCGGUAACUGGUAGGCUCCACUCUCCUCCCGUCCCACAGACUUCUCGCUUAUCACCUGGAAUGCACAAUUUAUGGCUUCCGACCAGUGCUCCCUUCAGGCUUGUAAAUGCUCUUUCCAGUCUUCAGGGGAAGAAUGCUAUUGCUUUUGUAGCCAAAACGGCACAGCCAAUAAACAACUGGGAAUGGAGAGGCUGGGAUCUUGAUAAUUCCCUUUCGAAUCCUUCAGUAAGUACGGAUAACACAGAUGGCCAUAGGAAGCCUAUAUUGCUGUUUGUUACUGUGAGCCUUUUAAGAUUAGUUUAAUUUUAACACGCCAAGUAAUGAUAAUAAUCACGGUGCUCCAAGCAUUUACGAAUCCCCGGGACAAAAAGCUACGCAGCCCUUGAGCCACUUCUUUCUGCUAGGAGCUUGUAGCUUAUAUUCAGAGAAAGAAGCUCGUUGAUAACAGCGCUUGCUCAAAUGAGUUGGCAGCAGCAGCGAUGCUAAUUUUAAACACACUGUGCAAGCACUUCCAAUGUAUAGUAUUACACUAAGUGAAAUAAGGCACUGAUCAGAAAUCAAGCAUUUUAAACUAUCGGUUAGGAUAAUCUCAUAAUACAAAAUCGCUGCAGACAUGGGGAUUUGACUCCCUUUUCUUUAGCACUUCUGCAACAGAGUGCCACAGCAAACUCUCUUUCAAAAGAGAAGGGCUGGAAACCGGUACAUUAUUAUCCUGCUAAACAGGGGGUGCAUGUCAGUAUACAGAGGUUGCUAAGUUACUGUACUGCUUCUCAUAUCGCAUGCAUAAUUCUGACCUCAGAAGACACCAAGGUGGCUGUGAAAGGCACAGCGCACAGAAUGAUUCCUGCCACACACACACCCCAGAGGAGUAAGAGACAGGAGGAGAUGGACUUGGAGAAGGCUUUUUCCAUUCUAGACCUAACCCCUAGAGAUCCAAGGCUACUGGUUGUGGAUUGUUAUGCUGAUAACCCGGUGGCUACCUUCCAUGGAGACGACAUUGGAGAAAGGGGGUUGCAGUCUGGAGAAGGCAAGCUGAGAGAAAGGAGUUAGGAAGUAAUCAAACCAUAAGGUUCUUGCCUUUGUAACCUGUCCCAACAAUAUCCAGAUAAGCUCUAAAAGACAAAAGGAGAAAGCUCAGGAACAGCAGUUGCAGACCUAAGAACACCCCAAGCUGGCUUUGGAAGACACAGUGCCUAGGACAGUCUCUGUUAAGUUGUGGGUGAACAUAUCAGACGACACAGUGAUUCUUCAGACAGCUCUUGUUUAUUCACAGGCCAGAACAGAACUGAACUGAAGGGUUCAGCCAACCUGCUUAUAUAGAGCUCAACUACAAAGCAACAGUAACAACUUUCUGUAACUAUCCAAUCACUGAACGUCACUUUCAAUUCCUUAUUUGCAUAUGUGGACCUGAGUGAAAACUAUCUACAGUAUCCCCCUGCUGGCCCAGGGUGAGAACUUCAGUACAUAACAGUCUCUUCCUCCUCUGGAGAAUGGCGGGAAUCUCGGCACAAAACGGAUUGCAACCCUUCCAGCAAAAUGCAUUUUAUAUGGACAAACAGUGUGGGACAGGGAGGGCAUGAGGAUUACUCAUGUGUACCCCACCCCAAAAAGGUGCCUGCAUCCAGUUUCGAAUGCACAUUAUCCCACAGUGUGUACAUGCCCUUAGCCGUUUUAUAAUGCUAUAAACCAAGUAUGUGUAAUUAGGUCUAUUUACUGCUUGUUUUUAUAUUGCCAUGUGUGAAAUUGAUAUCUAUCUCUACUACGAUUCUGCUUUCUGACAUCUUUACUUUACGCUGCCUUGGAAACGUUCAUUGGGAAACAGUGAAGACGUUGUUAUGUUUGGUGAAUACAUGGAUGGAUUACAAGUUAGGUGGAUAGAUGGAUGGAUGUAAAAUCUAGGAGGGAACAUACUACACAUUCCAUUCUGUAACGUUUUAGCAGAAUAUGGCAGGCCGAUGAAGACAGGUUGAGGUUAAAUUUUCCCAGGUUCCCAUUGAGUUCCUUUGCACAAAGUACGGUAAAUAAAUUGUAAUUUAACACAAAGGAUUAACAAUCAACAGUGUCGCCAUUAAUUUCUGCAGUCUCCUAAAUUAUGAUGUCUAGAGAGCAGUUCAGUAAAAGUGAUAGCCUUAAUGCAUCCAGCAACCCUCCUCCUAACCAAAACCAAGUGGACCCCAAAGUUGUACCUCCCUCUGUCUGUAAGCACCUUGCUCUCUUCCUCCAUUGCCUGAACAUACCCUGCCCACUCUCCCCUACUCAUCUCUUGAUCAAUAGUACUCCAGGCAAGGCGCAAUAAUAAUUUUAGGCAAAAAAAGGCUGAUAAUCUCAAUAAAUAUCGGCCUAGGGUGUAUACUCACGAAAAAGGAUGUACAGUGGUACCUCAGGUUACAUACGCUUCAGGUUACAUAUGCUUCAGGUUACAGACUCCGCUAACCCAGAAAUAGUGCUUCAGGUUAAGAACUUUGCUUCAGGAUAAAAACAGAAAUUGUGUUCCGGCGGCGCGGCGGCAGCAGGGGGCCCCAUUAGCUAAAGUGGUUAAGAACAGUUUCAGGUUAAGUACAGACCUCCGGAACGAAUUAAGUACUUAACCUGAGGUACCACUGUAUACUCACAAAAAGUGUUAUAACCCACCCCAAAGUCUAGAAAUUUAAUUGCAGUUCUAAAGGUAGCUUACAAGAGAAGAUCUAUGGCUGAGUAGUGUUAGGAGCCAACAGUAUGGAAGCACUUUAAAUCCAAUCUGCCAUGUUGAAACUUCAGUGGUAUUAGUUGCUUUUCUAACAAAAUACUAAAACCAAGUGCAACCUCAAAACUAAUAAAAAAACUUCAAAAACACAUCUAUAAAAAUGUCAAGACGGGUCUUACAGAUCCUGUCCCACCAAAAGAGGCUAUGGGGACUUAAAAUCAUUCGAAAUUAAAGGCCAGAAACAUAGGUAAAAAGGGAAUAUUUUUUGCCCACUUCUUAGAAAAUAAAUAAAAAGAGCACCAGGCAAACUUCUGCGCGAGAAACAUUCCACAAGCAGGGAGCUGCUAUUGAAAAGACUCAUUCUUGUGUUUCCACCCACUGGACCUGCUGUGAAAGACGCACAUGGAGAAAGGCCUCAGGUGAUGACUGCAGGUUCUGGGUUGGUUCAUAUGGGGAGGGAUGGCCCUUAAGCUACUGGGGUCCUGCAUAAGCCUUGAUAACUCAAAAUCAGCACUUUGCAUUGAGUUGUACCAGAAUUGGGGCAAUAUGUUCAGAUAGGUUCAAUAUGUUCCUGCCCCAGUCAGCAAUCUGGCCACUGUCUUCUGCACCAGUUUCUGUACCAUCUUCAAAGGCAGCCCCACAUAUAACGCAUUGCAGUAAUCCAACCUCGAUUGUACCAGGCUACCUGUCCAGACGGGCACAGCUCUGAACUAUGUCCAUUGGCGAUGUCAAAUUUAAUUUUACCUCAGUUCACCCAUCUUGCAUAGUGCUGUUACUUAAUAUUCUCAUUAAAGUUAGCGAUUGAAUUCCUCAAGACCAUCCAUCCAGCAGUCUAUUUCAAAUGAGGGUGCACAAUAUCAAAUGCGUUUGCACCAUUUCCCCUCCCCCCCUUUAUCUAUUGUUAAUCCAUUAACUCUUUUUCCUGUUUUCGUGCCACUAAAAAAGCAAUGAUUAUUGAGAGAUACACGGGGCAGAUCUAGGUUUGUCCUAAGACUUUGUUUUUCAGCGUAUUGAUAACUGUGGAGAUAAACAAUUUUUGUAGAAAUUUCUCAUUAAAAAGCAAAGAAGAAGAAGAAAAGUGCAAAAAUGGCACCAUUACAGGCUAUAGAGCUAUUAAUGUCAAGGAUACAGUUUUAAAGAGGGUUUAAAGUGGUAUGAAAGGGGCAUUGUUCUCAACAGUGAACACACCUGAGCAGCUUUUGCUAGUUGUGGGCACACCACAAAACAGCCCCAAAUGCCUUUUCCAAAUGCAAAGGGGGGUAGUUUUGCAUAUCAGUACCACAGGAAAUGAUGCUUCUUACAUACAAGCUUCCACACUCUUAAAAAAGUACCGUAUUAAUUUGCCUCAGGGUGAAUAAAAAAAUAAAUGAUUUAAAAAAUAAUAAUUUUAAAUUGUGAUUUAAAUUGUGAUUUAAAUCAAUUUGAUUUAAAUCAAAGCCACCCUGCACCAAAGUCUUUCAACCAAGUGUUUUUGGGACAUGAGCACACAAUGGGCAUUUAUUUUGUGCACCCUGUAAUCUUGAGAUGUUAAAUCUUAUUAACUAAUAGGUUAUCUUUCUAGACAAAACUGGGUGGGUAGAUGGACUUUGUCUAUUAUUUCUCAGAUGGCAACGAGAUGCACACUAUUCCCGGAAUAUAUCAUUUUGAAACCACCCAUUCGUUCAAAAUUACGAACAAGCCCUGAUUCAGAUUUCCAAAGGAAAUGAGGACUCGGGAGUUUUAUAUUUCCUUUCCUAGAUGGAAAAAUUCCAAAAAGUCACAGCCCCUUGAAUGUUGUCUUCCAGAGCUCAGAUAAGCGUAUAUAAACAAUAAGAACGACACAGCAAAGCUCUUCACAUGUUGCACGCAGCAAAAUUAUCUAUUUGAAGUUCAAAAGCUGCUCUCGUCCUCAGAAGAAAGGCAAAAUAGUUAACAAAUCUUAAAUGCAUCAAAAUAGUUAUCUAAAUUGUCACAACAUUUUUUUGGGAAAAAUUGCAUUUCUUUACAUUUGCAAAAGGCCAAGCUGUUUUAACAAUCUGAUCCUUCUAACUGCAGUGGAAGCCUCAGUUUGUGUUGCCUGCAGUAGCUGCAGUUCAUUCUACCCAAGAAAAGUGGUUAAAACUUAAACAAUGGAGGAGGGAGCUGAAACCUGGAGAAUGAUAGCAAUUUGUGCCAACCAUUUUUAAAAGGCAACCCUAAAUUUCUUUCACCUACAAACCCAUGCAAACCAGAAAUCUGCCUAUAUGGCUAUCUGCUACAAAGAGUUUUGGACAUUUUAAAGCAAAUGUUUGUUGACAGGACAAUAGGCCAAUCUGCUAUCUGCUACAAAGAGUUUUGGACAUUUUAAAGCAAAUGUUUGUUGACAGGCCAAUAGGCCAUCUAGUUCAGCAUCCUCUUCUCACAGUGGCCAACCAGAUGGCAAAUCCGCAAGCAAGAUCUUAGCAUAAGAGCACUCUCGCUUCUGCAGAUGCCAGCAGCUGCAAUUCAGAGUCACACUGCCUCUGGCUUUGGAGACAGAGUAUUCCGGCUAAGCAAAUCAGUUUCUUAAGCUUAAGCCAAGAAAGAGUAUUCUCUAUAAGAUUGAAUAUCAAUAUACGUAUCAAGACUUUGAGAUUAGACCACUGAAGAAGCCUGGAAAACUAUCCUGGGAGGGUGCUACCUGCAAGCCCCAGUUAAAGGGCCCCAUUGGGGGCAAACAGCGGCCUUUUGAUUACUUGGACUGCCAGGGCGAAACAGGUACAAAACACCAGCACCCUGUAGUCUACAACUUCAUUGUCUACAACUUUAUUAACAUCUAUCUACAAUUCUACUAGCACCUCUUGGUAUUGUGAAUAUCACCGAACUUACCUUUUGUUGGUAUCUUCAUGAACUUAUCUAAAGGACUGAGAUAAGCAUUUGAAAAUUCUAUUGAAACCAGACAUUAUAAGUUCAUUUUAGGCUGGGUAGUUCGCAAGUCUUUGUGGCUUUGUUUAAUGUUUUGUAUUUUUCUCAGAAGGUUGACAAAGUAUGUAUAAUUAUUGUUCUCUAUAUAUUAAUCGUCAACAUGUUGCAUGAGUCGCACUACAGUCAAUACCUCGGGUUGAAGUUGCUUCAGGUUGAGUGUUUUCGGGUUGUGCUCCGCGGUGACCCGGAAGUAACGGAACACAUUACUUCCGGGUUUCGCUGCUUGCACAUGCGCAGACGGUCAAAAUGAUGUCAUGCGCAGAAGCAGCGAAUUGCGACCCGCGCAGACACACAGACGUGGGUUGCGUUCUGCUCUGGAUGCAAACGCAGCUCCAGAACGGAUCCCGUUCGUAUCCAGAGGUACCACUGUACUUCUAUCAGCAGCACAGCUUGCAUUUUUCUAGCACUGGAGUCAGAGUAUGGCUAGCUGCCCUUGAGAGUCUUAUCCUCCAUGAAUUUGUCUGAUGAUCUUUUAAAGGCAUCCAAGUUGGUGGUCAUCACUGCCUCCUAUGGGAGAGGAAUCUGUGGUUUAACUAGGCACUGCAGGUGCUCCUUGCCUUUGUCUGUCCCAAAUACUCCAACAUGCAGCUUCAUUGCAUGGCCAUGAGUUCGGGUGUCAUGGGAGAGGCUGAAAAACUUUCCCAUAUUCACUUUCUCCAUGCCACAAAUAUUUUUAUAAACUUGUACCAUGUCACCUCUUACUGGGCUUUUCCUUGAACCAGUAAGUCUGCAAUGUUUCAUCACAGGAGAGUUGUUCCAUCCCCUUGAUCGUUUUGGCUGCAAACUGAAUGUGAACAAUACAGUGGUACCUCUGGUUAAUUCAUUCCGGAGGUCUCUUCUUAACCUGAAACUGUUCUUAACCUGAAGUACCACUUUAGCUAAUGGGGCCUCCCGCUGCCGCCGCACGAUUUCUGUUCUCAUCCUGAAGCAAAGUUCUUAACCCGAGGUACUAUUUCUGGGUUAGUGGAGUCUGUAACCUGAAGCAUCUGUAACCCGAGGUACCACUGUACUUCUUCUUCUUCUUCUUCUUCUUCUUCUUCUUCUUCUUCUUCUUCGGCGAUCACUCAUAGCCAAGUAAGAUUGUCUUCCAUGAACACAGUCUUAACAGUGUGUCCAUAAGUGACUGUGGAGGCCAAUUCUGGAUCCACACGUCCUUCCACAUUGGGGUUUGGCAAGCGUGCCUUCCUCUUAACACGUUUCUCCCUUUCAUCCUCAGUUUGAGCCUCUUCGAAGCCCAUGACACCUUUGGUAAAGGCUGUUCUCCAAUUUGAGCGCUCGCAGGCCAGUGUUUCCCAGUCGUCAGUGUUUAUACUACAUUUUUUUAGAUUUGCCUUGAGAGAGUCUUUAAACCUCUUUACAGACACAUGCUGGAAGAAUAACACAUGAUGGAGCAACUAUACAUUUAAUGUAUAGUUUGGUUGUUGUUGUUGUUGUUAUACCCCACCCAUCUGGCUGAGUUGCCCCAGGUACUCUGGGCAGCUUCCAAUGCAUAUAAAAACAUAAUAAAACAUCAAACAUUGAAAAAUUCCCAAUACAGGCCUGCCUUCAGAUGUCUUCAAAAAGUUGUGUAUUUCUUUAUCUCCUUGUCAUCCGAUGGACAGGCGCCACUACCGAGAAAGCCCGCUACUUGGUUCCCUGUAACUUCACUUCCUGCAGUGAGGGAAUCGCCAGAAGGCCCUCGGAGCUGGACCUCAGCCCAUUAGGCAAACCGUACAAUUAUGGGAAUGGUAGUUUAAAGGUGCCGAAAGCUGUUAGGAGACCUGCCACAGACCUACAUUUUCCAGCACCUUUAAUAAACUACAGUUUCUUGGGGGGUGAACCAUGGUUGUUAAAGUAGUAUAACAGUGAUUUAAAGGCAAGGUGUGGAGUCCAGCCAAAUUUGGUGGUGGUCCCUGAGUUAUCGAAGAGAACCUGUUUGUGCCUGACCCUCUUUUAAUCCCCUAGAGGCUUUUCAGCUAUUCAGUAGGGUCCAGAUGCCAAUUCCAAGUCACACAGGAGAACCUCUGCAACUGCAGCUUCUCUAUUGUGAUAUUUCUGAAAGCUGUUGUGAUAUUUCUGAAAGUGAAAGGACAGAAUUCUUGGUGUGGAUGGAGUUUUGCAUCCUUGGGAUGUUGGGUGACCCACGUCAUAUCUUUUAAUCCCAAACUACUCCCCUCUAACCUCCGUGCUGCACAACCUUCCAGCUCCUCGAGAAAUCGAGCUGGGACUUGUUGUCGUACAUAGCCUGACCCAAGCUAAACAGUAUGAUUAGAUCACUCAUUAAAAUAAUUAAUGCCUGCAAAAACACAUUCCAAACCUGCUUUUCAAAAACUGUUGGCAAAAUUGUUUCAAAGGAGAUAAUAAAUGCAUUGUGUGGUCUCCUGUAAGCUAAUUUGACUCCAAUGGAAUCCGCAUUGGUACGUUGGCACAAAAACCGACAUAAAUCAGAGUUCAUCAGCUUCUUGCCUUGGGGUACUUGGAACUAGCAACACAGAGAAUUAUAUUUAAUCACACUGAUCUUUAUUUUCCUUUCAAAAAUGCUUCCUUACUUCAUUACCUGCAUUGGAAUUAAGCAUUUAAAGUAUGAUUAGAAAUUUAAUUAGGCAUAUGUUAAACAAACUCGGAUAGUUUAAAGAGCUGGAGCUGCUUAAGUUAUCUAACACAGUAUGACCUACUACUACUGACACGAGCAAUUUAUUUGAUAUUAAUUGUGACAACAAUUCCUCAACAAUGGGUCCUCCCUAAUAAUAAUGAUAAGAAUGAUAAGAAUGAUAAGAAUAAGAAUACAUUUGGUAAUGAGUCAGACCCAGCCGAUGUGGUACUCUAGAUCAUUCUUCCCCAACCCGGUACCCUCCUGAUGUUUUGGACUACAGAUCCCAUCAGCCCUAGCCAGCAAGAAAUACCCUGAAAUAAAUGUAAUUAAUAUAGCAGCAAGUCAGGCUGGGACAUAAGCUCUCUAUGCUUACACAUCACCAGAAAAAGAAGAAUUGCAACACACACACCCUCCCCCAAAAAUGGCAAAAUAUGGCACAUAUUAGCCUAAAAUUUGCACAUGCUGAUGUACAUGUGCAGACACAAAUUUAGAACUAAUUGCGUUCAUUUAAAUAGAAAUGCAAUAUACCUGACCUGACCAUAGUGGGGAAACAUAGGAACCAACUCCAAUGGGCUGAGGUCCUUUCCGGGGACCCAAUAAAAUAUUUGAGAGGGCCGGGGCAGUGGCAGAGGAAAGGGGGGGUGUGGGAUAUGUGGCCCGCCCCAGGUGACAUCACAGAGAGGGGGGUGACAAAAUGAGUUUAAAAUAAAAUAAAAUUGGGCUCACGAAACUUUUUAGGAGUGAUGUGGUGGCUUAGGCGCCUGCAGGUUCCACACUGCCUCAAAUGGCAGCGUGAGACUUGCGUCUGCCUACUGCCUCAACCUCAGCCGCCCUACAGCUGAGUGGGAGGCAGCGGAGAGGCUCCAAGCGUCGGAGAGGUUCGCCCCGCCCCCACAGGCAGAUCACCCCGCCCCCGGCUGCAGGACACGCCCCGCACCAGGCACCCGAGUGGCUAGCUACACUGCUGGGCCGGGGACCCCCAAAGUUGAUGGGUGUUGCCAUUCAAAUGGUGUGCAUGUGCUGUGUCUUGUAACUGAAUAUAUUAUUCAAGUUGGCACCUCUGUGGGGAAGACCUGUGCACCCGUUCAGUCUACUCUCUGGUGCCAAUGGUUGAUGGGCAGUGGCAAGACGUCCCCUCUUCUUCCUUAUUGUGCUUUUAUCUUUAAGCAUCCACACCCCAAGAAUCCCGGGUACUGUAAGUUGAUGAGGAUGCCUGGAACUGUAGCUCUAUGAGGCGUAACCUAUAAUUCCCAGGAUUCUUAUACUCCCUACCUUUUGAACUUUAGGCAAAGGGAGUUGUGUGACUUAAGUAUACUCGCUGGGUGACUUGGGAGGAUACAUUAAAUAUCCCUGUGGACUACAUCCUUGUAAUUUCUUUUUGGUGAAUAAUCACCGUAUUUUUUGCUCCAUAAGACGCACCAGACCACAAGACGCACCUAGUUUUUGGAGGAGGAAAACAAGAAGAAAAAAUAUUCUGAAUCUCAGAAGCCAGAACAGCAAGAGGGAUCGCUGCGCAGUGAAAACAGCAAUCCCUCUUGCUGUUCUGGCUUCUGUGAUAGCUUUGCAGCCUGCAUUCGCUCCGUAAGACACACACACAUUUCCCCUUACUUUUUAGGAGGGAAAAAGUGAGUCUUAUAGAGCAAAAAAUACGGUAUUUCCUUCUUUCUUUCUUUCUUUCUUUCUUUCUUUCUUUCUUUCUCUCUCUCUCUCUCUCUCUCUCUCACACACACACACACACCUCAUUCCUUUUAAGGAUAUUUAAAAGGGCUUGCUUUCCCCGCUGUUAUUUCUGCUUCGAAAUCUACACUGGGUGCUUUCGUCUUUGCUAUCCUCCUCUCCUUCCCAAGCUGGAAUCUGGGCUCCAGCAUAUUCUCCAGGAAGAAGCUGAUAUAAACAAUCCUAGCAAAUGUUCUUCAUACACUUGUGUGUGCCAAGAGUCUCUUAUUUCUUCUUGGUUACCGUUUAGAAAAAUAACCAUGUUUAAACUGAAACAAAAACAAAGACAUAGGCCUGCUUAUCAGACCCGCAUGACUUGUGGCCUACCAGGAGGAACAAAACCCACAACCCACAUACUGUGUCUUGACAGGAGUUUGACAUCCUACAUGACUGGUGUUCAGCUCGCGUAGAAUCAUAGAAUUGUGGAGCUGGAAGGGACCCGCAGGGUCAUCAAGUCCAACCCCCUGCAAUGGAAGAAUCUCAACUGGGUCAUCCAUGACAGAUGGCCAUCCAACCUCUGCUUAAAAAUCUCCAAGGAAGGAGAGUCCACAACCUCCCGAAGGAAUCCAUUCAAACAGCUCUCACCCUCAGAAUGUUCUUCCUGAUGUUUAAUGAAAAUCUCCUUUCUUGUAACUUGAAUCCAUUGGUUCAAGCCCUACCCUCCAGAGCAGGAGAAAACCAGCUUGCUCCAUCUUCCAUGUGGCAGCCCUUUAGAUAUUUGAAGAUUGGUAUCAUAUCUGCUCUCAGUCUCCUCUUAUCCAGGCUAAACGUACCCAACUCCUGCAACCAUUCUUCAUAAGGCUUGGUUUCCAAAUCCUUUAUCAUCUUGGUCGUCCUCCUUUGCAAGCGUCCCAGCUUGUCAAUAUCCUUUAUAAACUGUGGUGCCCAGAACUGGACACAGUAUUCCAGGCAUGUUCUGAAUAGAGUGGGGCUAUCACUUGCCUUAAUCUGGGCAUGAUCACAUCCUGCUAUUACUGAUCCUUUACUGGCUACCAUUACUAGCAUUAAAUAAAUAUUAUUUUAUAUCAUUUUUCAGGCAUUGUGUCUGAUGCUGGGGGCUAGCUAUAGAGCACUAAUUUCAACUGCUGAGUCACUUCCUGACAAAUGUAGCUUCUUGCCACUUAAAAGGAAACACACAGAGACGUUUACCAAAAGGAAGUCACUGUAUGUUGGCUGCAGCUCUCUGCUGCUUUUGUGUUUUUCAAGUAAUUAACUAACUACAGUUCUUGGUGCCAUGUUAUCUAAUAUUCAAAGCAACUAGAACAUCAGUUGUUGUGGGAAAAGCUCUGGGGUUUCAAAAUGAUGCCAUUUGGGAGCUGUAAAAUUAAGACAAAUGCAAAGGCAAUGCAAAGCAAAGCGGAAGGAUUGAAGGACGGUUGAUUUUGGGGAUGCAUGUACUCUUGGUUAUUUGUGAAAUGGACAUCUAAGCCCAGCCUAGUCUUCUAGCAGAGAGGGCUUUCGUCCAGGCUGAGCACUGGCCUGCAGGUGGUACUAUAAAGCUGUCACAAAUGCUGGAGAAAGUAGACUGGAAUUGUCGAUUCAUGGAAUUGUAGAGUUGGAAGGGACCCCAGGAAACUCAGCUAAAGCAUCCACGACAGAUGGCUGUGAAGGGGAGGCAAAGGAGAUAAAGCCCUUUCUUUGUCAAAUUCCCCAGUGAUCUUGUUCAAUGAGCAACACAGCAUAUCUCAAAACCUCUUGACAUGUUAGGAUUUCACAGAAAAUGGAAAGAACUGCAUUGCAUGUGAAGUGAAAGACCUACAUUGGCUCCCAGUACGUUUCCGAGCACAAUUCAAAGUGUUAGUGCUGACCUUUAAAGCCCUAAACGGCCUCAACCCAGGAUACCUGAAAGAGUGUCUCCACCCCCAUCGUUCUGCCCGGACACUGAGGUCCAGCUCCGAGGGCCUUCUGGUGGUUCCCUCACUGUGAAAGGUGAAGUUACAGGGAACCAGGCAGAGGGCCUACUCGGUAGUGGCGCAUCUAUCUGACUUUUUGAAGGCAUCUGAAGGCAGCCCUAUAUAGGGAAGUUUUUAAAGUUUGAUGUUUUAUCGUGUUUUUAAUAUUUUGCUGGGAGACUCCCUGAGUGGCUGGGAAAACCCAGCCAGAUAGGCGAGGUACAAAUAAUAAAUUAGUAGUAGUAAUAGUAGUAAUAGUAGUCAUGGAUGCUUCCCUCCUCUCUCCCUACACUGGGGUAAACUGAGGGCAGCUGCGGAAGCGGGGUUGUUUAUAUACCACUUAACUACAAUCAUCUCUAAGCAGUUUACAAGGAAACAAUGCAAAAAAGUAACUAAAAAAAUAGUCCGAACUAUUAAAUGAAACUUCAGUUAAAAUGCAUGCUAGAAUUAAAAAUUAUUUGGUGAGAGGUGGAAGUAUUGCACUGAGUUUCCAGGUCAUUGGACUGAACUGAGUGGGCUCAGGGUGCAGGCAGAGUCCCCUACCUGUGGCCACGCCACUGCAACACCCAUGGAAUGCCCCUUUGGGAGGACUGACACUGGUUUUGGCCCAGCCAGCUUUAGGUCUGCUGGUUGAAUUGGGAUGAGCCCUGGGGACUUAAUGCCAACUGAGCCCAGCCGAGCAGGAGAUCCAGUGCAUCUUAAGCAGCUCAUCCCAAAGUAUCUUGCCACAUCAUUCAUUAUAUAAGUGGCUUACAAGCUGCAGAAAUUGCUGCUUUUUAUUAUUUAUUUAUUUAUUUAUUUAUUUAUCAUCAUCAUCUUAAUUAUUUGUCAAAAUGUUUAUUUUUUAUUUUUUGCAUUUCCAAAAACAGGAACAGAGAGAAUACUUAACCCCCCUUCCUUCCUCCCCUCCUCCUCCCCCACAUUAUUAUUAUUAUUAUUAUUAUUAUUAGAAUUUAUACACCACCCUAUACCCAGAGGUCUCAGGGCAGUUCACAGAAAAGAUCAACAUAAAAACCACAAUAUAUAUAAUCAAAAUAAAGACAAAACACAAUAACACCCCCCCCAAAAGAGCCACAUUUUAAAAGUGUAUUGGAUGUCAAUAAGAUCAACCAAAGGUCUGGUUAAAAACAAAUGUUUUUGCUUUUGCUUGGCACCUAAAGGUGUAUAAUGAAGGCAACAGAUGAACUUCUCUAGGGAAAGUAUUCAACUUACAACUUACAACUUCAUACCAAAUACAGCAUGUCUACAUAUACUGCACCCAGUGAUUUUUGUCUGGGGGGGGGGAACACAGGGGUACACAUACUCCUAAACAUUUUGUGAAUCUUUGUACUUUUGUCCAUUUACUGUAUUUAUUUUCCCCAAUUUGAACCAUAAAAUGGUGAUUUUCUUGAAUCAAAAUGAGAAUACCCCUAAACAUUUUUUUAGCAAUAAAAGCACUGCAUAUACCAUAGGACUUCCCUGGUUCCUUUGCUUUUCUACUACUCCACGUAAUCCACACCUUUUCAGUCUUCCAAUUUGUUAUCUAUUAAAAACUCCUUUAUCUAUUUCAACUCCGCUGGAUUUACUCGAGACCAGCUAGGCUAUGUUUUUGUUCAUACUGGCUCUUAAAAUAUUCAAUAAACAUCAUCUAUUCCUCCUAAAAUGUGAAUUUUUACUUGCUUUGGUUUUAAAUGAAUGCAACCAACGUUUACAAUAUUUACAAGGGGAAAGGGUAGGGUUGCCUCCCAUCCCGUAUAAUACAAGAUUGUCCCAUAUUUCAAUGUAAAAUGCUACGUCCUGUAUUGAUACGGUUUUGUCCUGUAUUUUAGGUCUUCUGACUCUCUCUCACUCACUCACUCACUCACUCACUCUCUCUCUCUGCCAAGUUAGGGACCUUCUUCAAAUGCAUGUGACUGAAAGGGUGUUUGAAAGGUCAUGUCUUUAAGCUCAGGGUAGCCAAGAACAGACAGAUCUGCAAAUUCACGCGUAUGUGUGUGUGCUUCAGAGGGACCAUCUGUUAGGCUGCAAUGUCUUGCAAUGUUUUGGUUGAAGUCACUUGGUUGGUUGUGUUAUAUACUGAAGUUCUCAUAUAAUACUGUCGGUCUAAUGGAAGUAUGUGAAAUGUAACCGAUAUGCUUUUGUGCCUAAUUGAACCAUUACGUGUAGUGCUGUAUAUAAGGAAACCAUUACGAUUGUAACUAACGCCUUGUCUCGGUGGGGAGGGGUGUUAUGUACCGAAGUUCUCACCCUGGGCCAGCAGGGGGAUACUCUAGAUAGUUUUCACUCAGGUCCACAUAUGCAAAUAAGGGAUUGAAAAUGACGUUCAGUGAUUGGAUAGUUACAGUUGCGUUGUAGUGGAGCUCUAUAUAAGCAGGCUGGCUGAACCCUUCAGUUCAGUUCUGUUCUGGCCUGUGAAUAAACAAGAGCUGUCUGAAGAAUCGCUGUGUCGUCUGAUAUGUUCACCCACAACUUAACAGGUUGAAGCCCCCCAACUAACCUGCCCUGUCCUGUAUUUUGCCGGAACAAAGGUGGCAACUCUGGUAAAGGAAAUAACGGCAAAUGAUGAAAUAACAUGCUUCCACUCCACAUGGGCAAUAAGAAGACUAAUGACAAUGGCGAUGCUUAAUUUGCAGAGUUUUCUCAUUGUACAACAAUGAGAAAUAUGCCCUCUGAAAGGAACAAAUGGCCAGGAAUUCAGUCUUUUAAUCUUCUGAACACUGAAUCCUUUGGAUUCGCUGCCCUCUAGCGGAUGUAUAGGAACUUUUCUUUCUCUCUCUUUCUGACGCACAGCACAAAAAUAUACCGUACACAAACAAGUGCACAUACACUUUCCUUCUCAAAUAUUUUCAUUGCAAAUGUUGCAAGUAAGUUAAAAUUAAUUUGGAAUAAAAACACAAAAGAGGUGGUUUAAAAACCAAAAUACAAAAUAAGAAAAUAGGGGAAAGUAAAGUAGCAACAUCCACUUUAAUAUCUGGAAUAAUGAGAUAUUAUUAUUAUUAUUAUUAUUAUUAUUAUUAGGGAGCACUCCUUGUUAAAGACUUGAUGACACACCUGUAAUCACAAUUAAUAUCAAAUAAAUUGUUCCGGAGGAUCCUUGGAUCUUCCCUGUUUUCACACACUAACAACACAUCCUGUAGAAUUCUCUGUGUGAUAUUCUAUCUGCUCAAUCAGAAGGAAUUUCAGGUACCGAAACAUCAUGUUGAAAAAUACAACUUUUGAGCCAUUUGGCCCCAAAAUGGCAACUAGACAUUCCGUUUUGGCAACUGCAACCCUGGCUUAAGGAGCCAUUUGGCUCCUAGCUUAUAUAUCUGAGUUUCUAACACCAGGUGCCCUACCUUGUAGAGCACAUGCAAUGGUUGGGUAUAUAAGCGACGAGGCUAUUAGACUAGAGAGACUCUGUCUUUAGCUAGUUUCCCUCUCCCUACCUGCCAAAUCAUUGAAUCAUAGAGUUACUGACUUGGAAGAGACCAUGAGCGUUGUUUAGAAUCAUAGAAUCAUAGAAUCAUAGAAUCAUAGAGUUGGAAGAGACCACAAGGGCCAUCGAGUCCAACCCCCUGCCAAGCAGGAAACACCAUCAGAGCACUCCUGACAUAUGCUUGUCAAGCCUCUGCUUAAAGACCUCCAAAGAAGGAGACUCCACCACACUCCUUGGCAGCAAAUUCCACUGUCGAACAGCUCUUACUGUCAGGAAGUUCUUCCUAAUGUUUAGGUGGAAUCUUAUUUCUUGUAGUUUGGAUCCAUUGCUCCGUGUCCGCUUCUCUGGAGCAGCAGAAAACAACCUUUCUCCCUCCUCUAUGUGACAUCCUUUUAUAUAUUUGAACAUGGCUAUCAUAUCACCCCUUAACCUCCUCUUCUCCAGGCUAAACAUGCCCAGCUCCCUUAGCCGUUCCUCAUAAGGCAUCGUUUCCAGGCCUUUGACCAUUUUGGUUGCCCUCCUCUGGACACGUUCCAGUUUGUUCCAGUGUUUAGUUCAACCCCUGCAAUGCAGCAAUCUUUUGCCCCAGCAAGGGGCUUGAACCCUGAGCCUGAGAGUCUCAUUCUCUACCAAAUGUGCUAAAUCACUCCUCCAGCGAUUGCCAUGGGAGAAGCUCCUUUGCUUUUGCCCAAGUUCUCAUCUCGGUACCCUUCUACGCAAUGCCCACCCCACCCAGGCAAUCUCAUGUAAUCUCAUGACAAUUCAGGAUUAUGCUCAGCUUCUGUUUGAUUUAUUUAACUUCUACACCUGACUCUCCAAAUGCUUGAGGGGGGGUGGGGUGGGGUGGGGGGCUGCGCUUCAGAAAAACCACAAUAAAACGCUCAAGCCAUUAAACCGUAAAAAAAUCAAAAUGCUAACUGCAACUGCCACCUAAUACAAUUUGCAAAGGUCGGUUUCGGCAAUAGCCAAUAAAAGAUUCCAGUCUCUGCUCAGCACACAUGUAUUCUGGGAUAUAGAAGCUGCUACAUUAAAGGUCUAUACGGUAAGCUCAUGAUUGUACCGGGAAUCAUUUCAUUACCUCGUUACGUGAAUCUCUUCAUCCGCCUCCAUCCAGCCCCAUAUUCUCAAACUGGGUCUCUGGAUCCACUAAGAGCGCCCUCCUCUCAGUCAACCGGACACCAGCCCUGGGGUUUGUUCUCAAUUCCUUCCCCUCCUUUGGAACUCAUAUUCAAUCUUCAUGUCCCUUUUUCUUGUCCUUUCAGUAAAGUAAAACUCUGUUCCUUCCCUCUGCUCAGGUCUGCUCUAGAGAGGGAGGAGAAAUCCAUUUUAGAGGGAUUUAUACGUAGGAUUUGGUGGUUGUGACCCAAUCAAGCUUUGAUCACAUUCUCUCAUAUUAGGUGCCCACUCAUAUCCAAGCUGUUUGUGGUUUAAAAAUCCCAACUCAUUAAAUGUAUUUUUUAAAAAACCAAACAUUAUAUGUGUAAAAGAGCUAAUCCGUAUGCUGCAGCAUAAUUUUAUUUAUAAUUUUCAUGAUAGUUAUAUGCAGCUUGUGUGCUCAUUGCGUUAGGAAACCUGGGAAAUAUAUUCAUAUUAUAUGCAUGCAAUAUUAUAUCUAUAGUACAGCAUAUAAUGACGCAUAGCUCCUCACUAUGCUCCUCACAACGCUCCUUCCUUUCCACUUUAUCUUUUUGUGGUCAGUCACUCCAUUGUAUUAUGUCUCAUCGUCUUUUAUGACGUAUCGUUGCAAUUGACCUAUGGCUAAACAAGGCAUUAAUUUGUAGAAGUGAAGCCAGAAAUAGGUAGGCACACAAAUCUGGCAGAAUGUGGGCCAUAAACAGCUUUCCUGUGUAGUAAUUCUUGCUAGGGUUUCUGGGGACACAGCUAUACCUGUGAGAGGAGCAUAAAGGGGGAAAUAGCUGUGUCCCCAGCAGCCCUAGCUAGAAUUGCCCAUUAGGAAUGUUGCUUAUGGCCCCAUUCUGCCAACAUCUGAUGAUGAUGGGGAAAACCAUACAUGGCAGAUGCUUCCUCUCAGAGUGUGGACUUUGAAACCUUAAUUACUAAGACUUGGGACUAAAGCUUCAAACCAAUUCUACAUUUCAUGUGUAGUAAUACAGGGUUGCCAAAGUCUUUUUUUUUCUUGCUACUUUGCCUUUCAGAGCACCUUCAUCUUCAGAUAUUAGAUGGUGAAAAUGUGGGUCUGGGUGAUGUAAAAGUUUCAGCUGCCGAUUCCUGCAGAUCAAGGCUGUUGUGAAAGGCAGAGGAGCAGACCAGGCCAUUUCCCCCCAAAGUCAGUUGUUAUAAAAUGGGCUGAAGACUGCAAUCAUAGAAUCAUAGGGAAGGGACCCCUGCAGUUAGGGUUGCCAUAUUGCGAAGUUGUUGCAACCCACAAAGUUGUUGAGCUUUUUGGAUAUCAGUGCUUUUUUUCUUAAAAAAAUGUUUAGGGGUACUCUCAUUUUGACUCAGGAAGGUCACCAUUUCAUCGUUCAAUUUAGGGAAAAUAAAUACAGUAAAUGGACAAAAGUACAAAGAGCAUGCAUUAACUCAGGGGUCAGCAAACUUUUCCAGCAGGGGGGCGGUCCACUGUCCCUCAGACCUUGUGGAGGGCCGCACUAUAUUUUGAAAAAAAAUAUAAACGAGUUCCUAUGCCCCACAAAUAACCCAUGCCCACCCGAGAAGAAUGGCAGAUGAAAGUGAUGGACUACAUGGAACUGGCUGAGAUGACCCGCAGAAUUCGAGACCAGGGAGAAGGGUCGAUGGAAGAAGAUUGGAAAAAAUUCAAAAUAUAUCUUCAAAAGUACUGCAAUAUAAAAGAAUGUUAGAAAGAGGUUGGAAAAAGAAUAUUAGGUCGUUCUGGUAGAUAUGAUAUAAUGGACUAAGCAAAAAUGAGUUGAUGAAAUUGAUGAAUUAGAGGAGGUCUAAUCACAUUAUUUUAAUUUUAAAAUACGUAAAUGAAAAUAAGGUUAGAAGGAUUUGCUGGAAACACGAUCUGAACUAGAAUACAAAACUGGGAGGUGAGAGGAGGUCAUGGAAAUAAGUAAAGGGAAAAGGCUAUGUAAAGGUUUAAUCUGUUUUUGUUUUAUUUUAACUCAAUGUAUUUUUAUAUUUUUUGUUAAGUUUUCUUUUUUAUUCUAUCUUAUUGUUCUUUUUUACUUGUUUAUUUCUUGCUUUGUUAUGGCUAAAGUUUUCUUUGUAUUUUGUAUGGUUUUUCUUUUUCUUUUUUGGAACUUUAAAUCUGGAAUAAAUAUCAUUAAAAAAAACAACAACAAAUAACCCAGAGAUGCAUUUUAAAUAAAAGCACACAUUCUACUCAUGUAAAAACAUGCUGAUUCCCAGACCGUCCGCGGGCCGGAAUUAGAAGGCGAUUGGGCUGGAUCCGGCCCCCAGGCCUUAGUUUGCCUACCCAUGCAUUAACUCAUAUUACACAGUUGACAGCUCACAGUGACUUCCACAUUGGCACGAGGUUGUGUGCAUUAACAUCUUCCUGAUUCCUCUGAUGAAAAAUAGUAAUUUUUCUACUAAUAUUGAAAUGAGGUCAGACAGUAAAACACCACACAUCCACAUUCCACACUGUUUCACACAUUAAACGCUCACUUCCACCUGAGACUCAGGAAACAGCAUGACAGGAAAUGAAGCCACCAUCAGAGGUAGCGGCGGAGCUGACGAUUCACCAUGCUAGAGAAGAAACUUUUUUAAAAAAAUGUUUAGUUUCUUCCCCGAUUAGAUUCACAAAAUAUUUAGGGGUAUGCGUACCCCUGCAUAUCCCCAGGAAAAAAGCACUGGUUGCCAUACAUCCGGGUUUUCCCUGACAGGAAUCUCAGAAGCGGUCUCCCAUCCAAUUUGAAACCAUACCAAACUCCGCUUAGCUUUGCAAAUAUGCACUAGGAGCAGGGCAUAUUGAACCAUUUUAAAUCUGAGAAACUGAAACUGGUGUUUUACAAUGCAAUCCUAUGCAUGUCUACUCAGGUGUAAAUCCCACUGAGUUUCAUGCAGCCUCCUCAGAGAAGUGGGGACAGGAUUGCAGCCUUUGCAUGGUUGCUGUUGUUGCUUUCACAUUUAUAUCAUGGCCAGAAAUCAACUGAAAUAUACUCAGAGUCGCAAAGUGAUUUCAUGCUCUUUAUUCAGCUCAUAGUGGUGAGGAGGAAUGAAUGAAAGUCCCCUCACAGUAUCUGCUUUAUAUACAUUAUUUACACAAUGGGCUGCACAUGAUUGGCUAAUUCCGGAAUUCUACUGUAAGCCAAUCAGGUUGUGGAUUCACUUCUAUCUGGAGCAGGAUUGGGUGGUUCCUGCCAACCAAUCAUACUGCUGCAUUGUUCUAGGACCAAUCAGACUGCUGCAUUCUGAAUCCUAUUGUUCUAGGACCAAUCAGACUGCUGCAGUUUGGAUCCUAUUCAACUCAGUACAUAACACCAACCAUUUUGGGACCCAAGGUAUGCAAUAUGAGGGGGUGACCCUUACAAAAUGGGGGUCACCUCACCAUAUUUCAUACACAUGGAUACUCAGGAGACAGGCCAGUGAAAAAUUGUCUAUUCUAUUUCAAAGGGAAAGAAGUGGUGCUUUGUUUUUUUCACACCCCUUGAUAGGUUUGAUAGCUCACCUAUCUAAUCUUUGCCGCAAUGAUGUAUGGAAUUGGCUUACAGCAAUACAACAAAGCAUCGUUCAAUAUUUUCAAUUAUACAAAUGCCACAUGAAAGGGUAAAGGGAUGAACUCCUGGAAUUUGGUGUGAAUCACCAUCCCAAUAAACACAGUAAUAAAGGUUUUUCUAACUACUUAGAGGAGAACUCCACCCAGUUUGCUCAUCUGAGAGAGCAUAAGGUUCACAAGUUCAUGCGCAACUCAGAAGCUGUCAUGUUGGCUGGAAAUAAAACCUCUUUGGGGGUCUUUUUCUUUCUUUUCGCAAGAAGUAACAUCAGGAUAUGGGGAUGCCUAGCCUUUCCCUCCCUGCCUGCCAUUUUUCUUCUGCAUCUCAACCCACCUAACACAGGCAGGUUCCCCCCCCCCCUUGUUAUGGGAUUCCAAGUGCAUUUGCCUACCCUCACAAACUCACCUCUUGUGCUCUUGAAGAAAACGAAUACACAUUCCUCAUCCCUAUAGCAGAUUCCUGGUCAUUGGCACAUUUGCCGAUUGAAUACAGGAGACUUGGUUGAGCUUAGCACACUCCAUCAACUCCUGCCCCCAAGGCAAUUGCCAGCAGUUCCAUACAGUUUAGGUUGGCAGCUGUCCUCUCUGGUGUUGUGCAGUGGAAAUGGAUGAAAAUCGAAUUAUUAUUAUUAUUAUUAUUAUUAUUAUUAUUAUUAUUAUUAUUCUGUCCAUUUGGCUGGGUUUCCUCAGCCACUACGGGCGGUUUCCAACAAAAUAUUAAAAACAUGAUAAAACAUCAAACAUUAAAAACUUCCCUAAACAGGGCUAGCUUCAGAUGUCUUCUAAAAGUCAGAUAGUUUUUUAUUUCCUUGAUAUCUGAUGGGAGGGCGUUCCACAGGGCGGGCGCCACUACCGAGAAAGCCCUCUGCCUAGUUCCCUGUAGCUUCACUUCUCGCAGUGAGGGAACCGCCAGAAGGCCCUCAGAGCUGCGAGAAGUGUCUGGGCUGGAGGAUGGCAGUGGAGAUGCUCCUUCAGGUAUACUGGGCCGAGGCCGUUUAGGGCUUUAAAGGUCAGCACCAACACUUUGAAUUGUGCUCGGAAACGUACUGGGAGUGAAUGUAGGUCUUUCACUUCACAUGCAGUCCAGUUCUUUCCAUUUUCUGUGAAAUCCUAACAUGUGAAGAGGUUUUGAGGUCCAGGCCCUCAGUGUCCUGGCAGAAUGAUGGGGGUGGAGGCGCUCCUUCAGGUAUACUGGGCCGAGGCUGCAAAGGUCAGCACCCACACUUUGAAUUCUUCUCAUAGACGUACUGGGAGCCAAUGUAGGUCUUUCAAGACCGGUGUUGUAUGGUCUCGGCGGCUGCUCCCAGUCACCAGUCACCAGUCUAGCUGCCGCACUCUGGAUUAGUUGUAGUUUCCAGGUCACAUUCAAAGGUAGCCCCACAUAGAGGGCAUUACAGUAGUUCAAAUCACAAUCAAUUAACGCUUCAACCUGGGCUGUAUCAUUCUAAAUGUCCUCUGAAUCUUCUGUUAACUGCACAGGGGUGGGAAAGGCAGGGCUCUGUAUUUCCCUUCUCUGCAGCUAUACAGUGGUACCUCAGGUUACAGACGCUUCAGGUUACAGACUCCGCUAACCCAGAAAUAGUACCUCAGGUUAAGAACUUUGCUUCAGGAUGAGAACAGAAAUUGCGCGGCGGCGGCAUGGUGGCAGCGGGAGGUCCCAUUAGCUAAUGUGGUACCGCAGGUUAAGAACAGUUUCAGGUUAAGAACGGACCUCCAGAACAAAUUAAGUUCUUAACCUGAGAUACCACUGUAUGGAAGUCAUGUUUAGUACCUGCCCCAAUCAUAUAGGAAGUAGGGGAGGGGCUGAUGUUUAAGACCAAAAUAGCCCCACAGAGGAGCGCAGUACAUUUCCCCACCUGCAACUUAUGCCUUAAAAGCUUAUCUCUUCAACCCAGGGUGUGUCCAGACAACCUGUUUAUUUCAGCAUUUGCACGGAGAUGAAAUAGUGUUGGCUAUUUAAUGGGCAUUCACUCUUUAAUUGUUAGGGGAGAGGUUGGUGACAUUGGAUCAAAGCAAGUGUUAUCAUGUACUUUUUCAGUCACUGCAGAAAGUCCAGCCUUUCCAGGGAAGAGGGCUUGUUGUACAAGACCUCCUGAUCAUCUAAAAUUGCACAACCUGAAUUUGCCGGCAUGUGAUCGGAUCCCACUUGCAAACAGUGACAGUCUGGAAGUGCCCAGAAACUCUGACAGAGAAGUUACCUUAGCUAGGAGAAAAAGACUGUGGGGAGGUGUGUCUCAGGCAGGAUAUAAAUUCUGCACAACACCUGAGUCAUUUGCUGUUAAGGUCAGGAGUUCCCUCUUUCUACAUGACUUGUCAUUUCUAUGUCUAAAUGAAUAGAACAAUUGCCACCAUGUCUAAUGUGCUCAAACGUGUGGUAAGAUUUGAACAAGGGGCUUCUGGGUGACACAUUUUAAAGCCACUACGUUAUACCAGCUCUCAGUUUUACUCUGCCCAGAAUCACAGCACGUUCCUUUUUUAAUUGGCAAAGAAGAAAAUAAUAGCAGUGUGCUCUUAAAGGAAUUAUAUUCACCUAGUUUCGAACACCUAAGAAAACUGUUUAAAACCGCACGAGAACAAGGAAGGUUGCAAGGUAGCUUUAUCCCUCAACAUGAGCAACUUUCUAAAUAACGUCUAUGUUUUGGGUCGUUUCUCAUACGGCUAUCAGACAGUACUGCUGAAGCACAACUUCCUGCUUCUGUUUGUAAUCAAACGACAGGUCCCCAAGUCCUUUUUUCUUUUGAAAGCAAGCUUUGUCCGAUCUUAUCGGCCCUUUAUUUUUCAUUCUCGGAUUACAACCCCAGAGAUUUUAUCGCCGUGAGUAUCUAUUGUAAAUUUCACUCCUGCUGCAAGUUAGGCAGUUAGUGCAAGCACUAAGAAGGAAUCGUUAUUAAAGAAUCACAUUUAUUUAUAUAGUCUUGCUGCCUCGGUGGUGGCGAAUGAGUUCCUAGGCAAUCAGGUGUACAGACCGAUUUGCAAGAAGUGUCACUUUCUGGUAUAGCACUAGUAACCUGAGCUAAUCACUGCCACCCUGACAGCUGCUGCACCUGUAACAGCCACCAAUUCUGCUUGCAAGGAAGUGGCUGUACAUUUGUAAGGGCAUCAUGGGGCACAGACUCCAAUGAAUGAAUCUUUUUUUUUUUUUUUGCAAUAAUUUUUUUAUUAAAUUUUUAAACAAACAUAAAAAGAAAAACAACACACACAAAAAAAAAAUACAAAACUUAACAAUAAAAACACAAAACAUAACAAUUAAAAACAAACUCUCUUUUCCAUUUCCAAUUUUAAAUUACUUAUUUUCUGGACUUCCUCAUACCUCCCUCUUUUGUAUUCCAAUCUACAUUGUUUGUCCAGCAAUUUCUUUUCCACUUUUUUAAUCCCAAUCUUUAAUUUAAUAAAGCGUUAAGAUAUAUAACUUCAACUUUUUUAGACCUAAUCCUUGAUCUUAAUGUCAUACAACUUUAAAUUUUUCCCUUUUAUUAUCAAAUUUCCAUUUCUUUAAACAUCUUUAAUCUUGAUCUUUAAUCUUAAUCUAUCCUUAACUUUAACCUGUACAGCUGGAAACCACUUGUUUUUAGUCCAACAUCACUCUAACAUUCCUUAAUUUUGCAGUGUUUCUGAAGAUAGUCUUUGAAUUUCUUCCAGUCUUCCUCCAUCGACUCUUCUCCCUGGUCACGGAUUCUACCAGUCAUUUCCGCCAAUUCCAUAUAGUCCAUAAAUUUCAUCUGCCAUUCCUCCAGCGUGGGAAGUUCUUGUGUCUUCCAAUACUUUGCGAUAAGUAUUCUUGCUGCUGUUGUUGCAUACAUAAAGAAAGUUCUAUCCUUUUUUUAACACCAUUUGGCCUACUAUGCCCAGGAGAAAGGCCUCUGGUUUCUUAGGGAAGGUAUACUUAAAUACCUUUUUUAAUUCAUUAUAUAUCAUUUCCCAGAAAGCCUUAAUCUUUGGGCACGAGACUCCAAUGAAUGAAUCUGUGGCUCGGGCAGGACUGGUGAGGAGUCACAGGUGUCUCCCCCUCUUGCUGCGACCAGCUCCCCUCCGCCCUUGUAUCCCAGAAUCAGAAGAGGCAUGAAAAGGGCAGGGUAGAUAUUGGCCGCAACCAGGCACAGUCUCUGGUUGCUUGGGAAAAGCCUGGGGGCAGACGAGGGGACUUUCAGCCUUGGCGACUGGUUUUUCAUGGACCUAUUUGGGGAUGAGCUGCUCCGUGCCUUAGGUCUGACACUCAGCCAAGUCUGCGGAGAUUGUGUUUUUGCUCAUAAAGAGUUAACUCCAACUUUGAACUGUGCAACUGUUGACCGGCAGACUCCUGUGAUACACUGCAAAAACUGCUUACAGGUCUACUGGGAAUUAGCAAUGCCUAGUCCCUGGGAAAUCAGUGGCACCUAAUUCUCGGUAUCGUAUUGAAAGCAGUGGCACUCAAGAUAUUCAGAGCUGACUUUCUGUUACUUUCAGUGAGACUAUGAAAAAAUGUGAGGCAGGCAUCUGUCUUAGGUAUUAACCAACAGUAGAUGUAGCCAGGGCUGUGUGUAUUCUGUAACUGAUGAAAAGUUUCAGUUUGGCAGAUAAUUUGGCAUCCUUAGUAUCUUAGCUUUCUGUCUUUUUAAAAAGAUGAGUAAGUUUUUAGUCCUUUGUGCGACAGAGCCAGCUUGAAGUGCAUCGGCAACACAUGGUAAAAUUUCAGAAGCUAGAAAGAGCACUGAGAAGGAUUUAUUUUUUCAAAGUAGCUGGGUGUGCAAGUUCAGUGUUUUGGAUAGUUUGUCAUUCCCUAGCAGAAACAGGCACAACUAUGUGAAUAUAAGUACAGCGUACACAGGUCCUUUUUUUUUUUUUAGGCCGUUGCAUAUUCCCAACUCUGAUUAUAGAAAACUGUUGUGAUGUGAUGGUAGAAUAACCUUUUCUGGUUAUCUUGCAUGCAAUGCCAUUCUGGUUUAUGAUGGCACAAGCCGCAUUUUGCAAUUAGGAUUGGCGUGCCAGUUAAUUUGCUGUUUUUGGAAGGCACAUGCUGAAGUUGAAAUCAUUUCAUAGUUGAAAUCAUUUUUCUGCUUGUCCUCAUUCCCUUUUACUUCCUGGCUGCUUAUUCUCACUGUUCUCAGUCCAGAAUAAUCUUUCCUUUGUCACUCUGACCUUUUUUUGAUCUUGGCCAUCCUGCUUUCACUUGAGUUAAAUUAGCCUAAAGAAAUGGAUCUGGUCCGUCUUUUCCUUUAAUAUGCUUGGUUUCACAUGAUCAGUGGCAGGUAGGGCAGAAGCCAAGAAAUACACAACACAAAUGAUCUAUCACGCUCCUUUCUUAACGGGGUCAAGAGAACUGAGCCUAAGUAAAGCAAGAAUGGAAGAAGGCACACAAAAGGGGACCCCAAUCUUCUCUCUGGUGCCAGCCCUGGGCUUAUGCAAUCUGUUACUUGGAAGUAACAAUCUCUUAAUAUUCUUAAGCGUCAUAAUUGUCUCUACAGUCAAGGGAUAAAUCAUAGGUAGAAGCAGGAGAAAGGGAAAGGAGGAAAGCCCCUCAUUGAUCACAGCUCCAUUUCCUGCCUCUAUUGCCAGCCACCACAGUACAUAAUUUCAGUUUGUGCUCUGAAUGUUCCUCCAGCAGAAAACAGAAUCAUAGAAUGGUUGCUGGACCCUGAGAGUCCUCUAGUCCAACCUUCCCCCCCACACACACACACACAAAAUGAAGGGAUCUCAACUAGGUCAUACAUGACAGUUGACCAUCCAACCUCUGAUUAAAAACCUCCAAGGAAGGAGAGUCCACAACCUCCUGAGGGAAUCCAUUCCCCUGUCCAGCAGCUCUUACCCUCAGAAAGUUCUUCCUGGUGUUUAGUAGAAAUCUUCUUUCCUGUAACUUGAAUCCAUUGGUUCGAGUCCUACCCUCGAGAAAACAUGCUCACUCCAUCUUCUAUGUGGCGGCCCUUUGGAUAUUGGGAGACAGCUGUCAUUUCUCCUCUCGGUCUCCUCUUAUCCAGGCUAAAACUGUUUUAGAGAAGUAAAGGCAGGCAUAGUGGUGACAUCACAGGUACAAGGCAAUCAGUGCUUGGCACAGACAAUUUUUGCUGCAAAGUUGCAGAAUGGUUUUUUUAAGAACGGGACCCUAGAGAGCAGGGCCCGCCCAGGACUAUUUGCCGCCUGAGGGCAAACAGAUAACGCUGCUACUGCCACCUCCUCUUCCACAGCCUCCCCACAUGCUGAAGGCCGCAGGGGCAUAAUAACAGGGUGAAGGGGGCCGGGUGGUAGUGAGUGACGUGGUGUUCAGAGGCUGGAUCUGCCAGCCGAAAUGACCAUCUCACCUGGCUUCAUGGAUGAGUAGGCCCUGCUGGAGAAGGCUGGACACCACGCGGAUGUAAACGCAGUGAUUGUGCUUCCUAAUCACCCUUACUGCUGCAAUUCUGUUAUUUCUGAAGUCCAGGUUUUCAUUAUGAAUGACCCAGGUCCGGUUCUUUGAAGUGAAUUACCGUUGGGCUGCCUGAAAGCACCCAGAUGGUUUUUUCCUCAUUCCAGCCACUCCCUUGUCAAUGGAGUCUGUCAGUUCCUCACCAGACAUGCCAAUUAAUUCACCAUGCUCCAUCUCAAUUACUUCGUUCCUGGUUGUUUUCCGUUUGGCCAACGCCUCACCUUUUUGCAUCUGAUCCUUGCAGUUAAAACACGGCACACACGAAACCCUAACAAUAAACUUUAGUCUUUUCUCGUGUAGAUUCCUGCAUUGCGGGGGUUAGACUAGUUGAUCUUAGUGGUCUCUUCCAACGCUACAAUUCUGUGAUUCAUGCUGCCUCCUGAGAGCUUAGAAAAUUAAUCGGAGAGCCCAAAUCCACGGAUUCAUAUAUGCAGAUGUGCUCUUGGCAGCAAUGAUGCGUGUUGAUUAACAGCACAAACAGCGUGUUGAUAAAGGCUGGGUAAACACUCCUGUUUGCUCUCCUGUAUCCCAUGUGCUCCUGCUAUUGGUUCAGGAAGUGACGUACACUUGACUUUAGAACUCAUCCAUAUCUAUCCUGUUAUUGAUUAUGAUUAAGGAUAGUGUUUCAUGUUCUGAUUUCUCUUGCAACGUUUAGGAUCGUAGAAACUCUUAUUUAUUUUCAUUCUAUACAGUGUGUCUCACAAAAGAGUCAGGGGGAGUGCAGUCAAGAGACAGAGAGAAAAUGGCUUCAUUCAGUCAGACAGGAGGAAAUAGUUCCUCAUCAAUGGUCCAUUGAAAACAAUGAGCCAGGUAAUUUGCUGAUUUUAGUAACACAUGAUUAAUAUAUUUUGCACGGAAUAGCACAAUGACUUGAAACCAAAGCCGAUGGGCAAAUUGUUAAUGUUCUUAAUAUUAUGAGUUUGGUAAUCUGAUACAUGAAAACCUAUUUGAAGGUAAAAUCUAAGCAGUGCGAUCUUGCGCAAGUUUUUGCAGAAGGAAGUCUCCCUGGAUCUGUUGGGACUUACUGCCUGACUAAUGUGCUUAUCUGAAAGUACACCCCAUUGAACUCAAUGGAACUUACUUCUGAGUAGACAUAUAUAUGAGCAGGGAUUUUUUUCAGCCAGAACUUGUGGAAACUCAGAUCCGGCACCUCUCAAGUGGCUGCCAUCUUGCCAUUGCUAAGAAAAUGAGGAAGGUGUUGAAGGUGAGUUCCGGCACUUUUUUUUCCUAGAAAAAUAGCACUGUAUAUGAGUUUUCUUAACUCUUCUCUGUCCCACUAGUUCUUUACUGAAAAUGCUCAUCAACUUUGGUCAGGUCUAAUCUUUCCUUUCAUCAUCUGAGAAUGCAAGUAAACCCGUGGUGUGUGUAUGUGUGUAUUGGGGGUGGGCAGCCUUGCCUGCGUUUAACAAUUCUUCAGUAUCUUUACCUGUUCUUAUUUUUUGUCAUAGACUGGUUGGGUACAGAGGAGUAACCAGCUGGGGAACCCCCAAGGGAAGUCGGCUCAGAGCCUGGGGAGUGCUGGUGGGGCAAUGAUGAGUGGUCAGAGAGGGAGAAGACUGGGAAGAGGAGGUGUCUUAGUGAGCUGGGAGAGUCUGUGAAAGAGAGAAGUCAGGAAGCAGAGGCAGAGGCUGAAGCAGGUGAGAGGUGGGAAGUCAAGAGGCAGAGAUGAGUCAGGCUAGUGAAGAGUCACAGGUGUCUCCCUACCCCACCCCACUGCUGCAGUGAGCUCCCCUUUGACUCCCAGAACCAUGAGAGGCAUGAAACAGGAGGAGCAAAGAUAGGCUGCACACAGGUGUUGUAUCUGAUUGAGUGCAAGAAGACCUAGAGAAGAGGUAAGGUAAAGGUAAAGGACCCUUAGAUGGUUAAAUCCAGUCAAAAGCGACUAUGGAGUUAUGGUGCUUAUCUCGCUUUCAGGCAGAGGGAGCUGGCGUUUGUCCAGGUCAUGUGGCCAGCAUGACUAAACUGCUUCUGGUGCAACGGGACACCGUGACGGAAACCAGAGCACACGGAAACGCCAUUUACCUUCCCGCCACAGCUGUACCUAUUUAUCUACUUGCACUGGCAUGCUUUCGAACUGCUAGGUUGGCAGGAGCUGGGACAGAGCAAGGGGAGCUCACUCCGUCACAGGGAUACGAAAUGCUGACCUUCCGAUCGGCAAGCCCAAGGGGCCCAGUGGUUUAGACCACAACACCAGCCGCGUCCCGAGAGAGGAGGAGACAUAGAUGGCUGUGGGGAGGAGGGGACUCUUAGUCUCGGCAACUGAUUUCAUGGAGUAUGACCUAAAGGGAAUGAGCUGCUGUGCUCACUAGGCCUGAAAUUCUGUCCAGUCUGUGAAGAUCGUGUUUCGCUAAUAAAGAGUUAUCUCCAGUUUUGAACUGUGUGAUAUACUGACUGGCUGGCUCUGUGACAUUUUUAUGUCAGCUGCUUUGAGGGGGAAAGGCAGGGUAUAAUGAUGAUGAUGAUGAUGAUGAUGAUGAUGAUUUUAUUAUUUAUACCCCACUUCUUCUUCAUCAUCAUCUUCUUCUUAUUAUUAUUAUUGAUUUACAGAGGUUUUGAGCGCUGCCUUUUUCUCCCUGCUGAUUCCCCACUAUGAUUACUCUGCUCCUUUCCACAGUUUGGGAAGAUGUGUUUUAAAGAACUGGAUUUAAUGGAUAGGGAUUUGGUGAAAUUAUUCCCACAGAAAUUACAAGAUUUCUAGCUCAGCGAUAACACUGUAUUUUCCUUUGGGGUUUAUUUGGGGGAUCUAUUAAAAACUGAAAUCUAUCAUUGUUGCCACUGUCAUAUUUAACCCGAAAGUCUAGAGAUUUUACAUUCUGCCUUUCCAUCAAGUGAUCUACUAAACAGCUUACAAUACCAAAAUACCAGACCUCUUAAUCAUUUGGCUGGUGACAAUGGACAGAACAACCUUCCUGCUCCCUUCUAUAGCCCCCAGGCCAGCCUUCUUCAACUUGAUGCCUUACAGGUAAUUUUGUACACCCAACUCCCAUCAUCCCUAGCCAGCAUGGCCAAUGGUCAAGGACAAUUGGCGUUUGAGUCCAAAACAUCUGGAAGUCACAAGGUAGCAAAAACCUGCCACAGGCAGUUGGAGCAAAUUUCUUUCUGGAAGGAAGAAGUAAUGUUCUGGCAGCUGCUUCUUUUCUGGUUGGUGUCUGGGGCUAGGUUGCUCUCUCAAAAGGAAGAAGAGAAGUAUAGGAGAUGGUUUUAUAAGAUGAAAUAAUACUGAGUAUAUUGGACUAUUUUUAUGAGUAAAUAUGCAAUUUUCUCCUGCACUUUCUUAGAUGUACCUCCUGCUCUUUGGUUGGGUUGGCCUUCCCCAUGUCUCUUACUGGACCAUAACCCUCCAGGAAUCCUUUGUGGCAAAAAAGGCUUGAGUGUCCUAGCAUGUCCAGUCAUGUUUGCUUCCCCUGCCCUACCUGCUACAUAGAAGUUGGCCAGUUCCUAUCUGAUAGAUACAGUAUAUCGAACUAUAGUUGUCCACUAGAUCAGGAGUUCCCAGACUGUGGCCUGAGGACUACCAAUGGCCCGUGAACUUCAUUCAGGUGGUCCAUGGCAUGUCUGUAAAAUGGCAAUUAAAAAUAACGCCGCAUCUAGCAAAUAUCAUUGAAAUUGCUGCAACAGGCAGAAAAAUUACUAAGUGGUCUGCCAAGACUCCCAGCUAUUUUCAAGCGGUCCACUGGAGGAAAAGCUCGGGGACCUCUGUACGAUACAAAAUGGGUUAUAUAAAUGGGGAAGCAAUCUAACCAGCAUGUCUCUGGAGAGGGAGCUGCCAAAUUUGACUCACAGUUUGGUCCUAUACAUAUUUAUUAGUGAUUUUUAAAAAAAAAAACCAUUGUGCCCAACAAAGCUUAGGUCUCAUUCAGAUAUCUGCUUGUCCUGCUGCUUUUGCCUGGGGAAACCUGAUCUUUACCUCUGAAUGGUUUUCCCAGGGUAAGCUACAGGAGCAAACAGAAAACCACUCGGCCCCAUGGUUUCUGGGCAUGGGACCAGCAGGAGUGUGGAUGGGCCCUUAAUCCACUGUAGGUGUGUUUAGGACUGCAAUCUAUGUAUUCUUUGCAUUGGCACUGGGGCUUGGGACUGAUUGGGAAGUGGAAACUGAGCUCAAAAGUCAAAGAAAGGCUUUGGAGGGUCCUAUCUUGGCACAUUCCUGUAUUUUGCACACACCAUCCAGUUAAACAACACAAAACUCUUGGAAGAAUUCCAUGUUUUCGAUUAAUUUUGCUAGACUGAAACAAAAUCACAAAACAGCUUUGUUCAGAGAAGGGAGCUUGUGUGGUCCAGUUUGUUGAGCUGGGAUGCACGGUGACUUCAUGUUGAAAAGACAAGUAACUCGCUCUCCAUCACAUCUCUCCUUCUGUGAAAACUAAAUUUAUGCCAGGUUUGGCCAGUCCAAGCCUUUUUGUAUACUCCAUUUCUCCCUAACCCUAUAAUUUGCAGGAUUAAAGAGUAUAAUGUUCUCUCCUUGUCUCUUUCCGUUUCUUCCGUAUACAAAGCAUACUAACAGUUUCACGGUAAGGUAAUUGAUUGACUGCAAGGAGUAUCUGUAAGCAAAGCAAAGCAAGGCUGGCGCUCUGAAAACAUUUGCUGCCUGUUUAAAUUGCCUGUUAAAUCCUUAAAUAUACUUAAGCAGCUUGAAAACGUAUUUUAAUAUAUUCACAGUCAAGCCAUCUGUUCUGUGCUUCAUGGUAUUACUUUAUGCAUAACAUUGUGUUUAAAUGGAGAGAGAAAAAUGUAAGUUACUGUAGAAAAUGUUUUUGGUCCUGGUCCAGUCCGUUUCUUCAGCUAAUUGUUUUGACCUAUUGCAUCUUAAAAUGCAAGUUGUAUAGGAAUAGCCAAAUUAGCAACAAUAGGCAUGUGAAGUUUGUAUAUAUUGUUUGUUAUGCCCACGUGUGUGUGUGUGUGUGUGUGUGUGUGUGUGAGUGAGUAUCACAAGUUCUCAGUGUAUUUAAAUGCUUUCCAAAAUGCUUGAUUUGGCUCCUGAGAACCUCAAAUGGAAGGAAGUCUGUUGAAGGCCUCCUCUUUCCCACUCCCUGUGUUCUCCCAAAACCCAGUAGAAUGGGGUGUCAUGGGGAACUGGGGGGGGGGGCAGAGGGGAAGGAGGCAAAAUUGGGCAAAAACCCUUUGCAAAAGUUUCCUCCCAUUCAUGGUCCUCACAACCCUACCCUCUGUGUUAAUGCUUCUUCCCAGACACAUUUUUAAGGUACAGUGGUACCUCGGUUUUCGAACGUCUCCAUUGACGAACGUUUCGGUUUUCGAACGCCAUGAGCCGUAAAUGCUUCCGUUUUCGAACACACUUCGCAAGUCAAACAGCUUCCACUGUAUUUUUCUCAGUUUUCUCUAUUAAAUUUGCAGGGGGCUGUUUGCGCCUCAGUUUUCAAACAUUUCGGAACUCGAACGGACUUCUGGCAUGGAUUACGUUCGAAAACCAAGGUACCACUGUAAUGGUAGGAAAGAUUUGUUUAAAGCACCAACAGCUAGCUUGAACCCAAGUACUUAAUGUAGUACAGUGGUACCUCGGGUUACAUACGCUUCAGGUUACAGACUCCGCUAACCCAGAAAUAGUACCUCGGGUUAAGAACUUUGCUUAGGAUGAAAAUCGUGCAGAGGCAGCGCAGUGGCAGCAGGAGGCCCCAUUAGCUAAAGUGGUGCUUCAGGUUAAGAACAGACCUCCAGAACGAAUUAAGUUCUUAACCGGAGGUACCACUGUAUCCAUAUUCACCAGCAGGGGAGGGAGAUUUGAGAGAGGAGGGUAGUUUGAGAGGAUGCACAAUCUAUCCCAUGGUCCAAAUUCAUCACCCAUGCGCUUGCCUGUGUCCCCUCCACCGUGCCCAGGGACAAAGCUUCACCUGUCUUUAACAUCUUGGCAAGAAUUCAGGAAAGGUUCUCUAACAAUUCAGGCCUGCGGACAAACUCAGCCAUAUGCAUAGAGGUUAUACAGAGCCCAGAUUCACAAGCUGUCUUUUCCUUGGCCGGCUGCACCCAGGCACCCACUGAAACCAUGUCAUUCAAGGGGCAGGGAAGGGUUUGAAGUGGCCCAACAGAAAGCGGGUGUAAAUGAAAAAGAAAAACCAAUCUGGAACAACAGGCAUGACGACCCUAAUCUGUUUAUACUGGCAGAGGAACAAAUAAGGCUGUCAUCCGUAUUUAAUUUAUGAAACUAGAAAUGGGUGCGUGUGGUUUUAUUUUGGGAAGGGAAAAAAAGGGCUGCAGUGAUCAAAUUGUCCGACAGCCUUCACAAACAAAACAUUUUCUGCAGAACCCUUGGCUCCACAGCCCAAUGCACAACUCAGUAUGGUUGAGAACACCGUUCAAGUACGGUAGUUUCACGGUGGAACAACUUACUCUUCUUAGAUGAAUUUAGUAAGUGUCACAAGUUCUAUGGGACUUUUGGUGCCCUAUUUCCAGAUCUGUAGCCAUGAAGUGGAAGCAUCUGGAGACGGUUUGGAGUUUCAUUUUUGAUGCUUUGUCACUAAAGGAGCAAUCCUACAGAGCAGGAUCCUCUGGGCUCAGCUCCCUCAUCCUUGGCUUAUCCAGAGAUCUACUGAUGUAUCUUCCCAGAUGCCAACCCAAUAGAUCUUAAGCUUAAAUACACCCUGGAUCCUAAACCCGCUCAGCUUGGUCACAUGACCUGACAGCCUGGUGUAAUUCAAGUCAGCAAAAAUGGGCAGUGUUCUUCAAACACUAUUUCAAAGGUUUGCUUUCCCUUGCUGGGCUUAGGCCAGCUCAGAAUGGUGUCAGGCAGGCUGGUGGUGGGGUUUUUUAGAUGGAGGGUAAUAUUGUUUGCUUCCUUUUACGGGCUCACCUGGUGCCAUCAUUACAUAUCUCUAGGCAACAGGUGAAAAUAUUCCUUUUUACCCAGGCCUUUGGUCAUUAAAUAAUCUAUGGCCUCUUAAAUGUGUGUGUAUUAUGUGUCUAUUAUUAUGCUGCGUAAUUACGUUCCUAAUGUUUUACAACGCCCUAGGAUCUUUGGAUAAAGGGUGGCCUAUAAUUUGAAUUAUUAUUAUUAAUGGUGAUUAUAAUAAUAAUAGAUCCUGGUGUCAGGGAUCAGUCUUAGAUUUACAGAAUCCAUCCCGGUUUCUAAUUUGAUCCCAGAAUGUUCCGCUUUUCUUUAGGAUGUCCCUAUUUUCAUUGGAGAAAUGUUGGAGGGUAUGGCGUUAUCUGACCCCCCAAGCCAAAGAGAUAAGUAACUACACAACCUUUAGAAGACAACUGAAGGCACCCAUGUAUAGGGAAGGUGGUUUUUUAAAAUGUUUAAUGGUUUAUUAUGUUUUAUAUAUGUUGGACGCCACCCAGAGGGGCUGGAGCAACCCAGUCAGUUGAGUGAGGUAUAAAUAGAGCAAUUAUUAUGAUGGAAUAAGAUGUCCCUAUUUUCAUCAAAGAAAGGUUGGUCUGGAGUUAUCAGACCCUAGACGGGGCUGGAGUAACCCAGUCAAAUAGGCGAGGUAUAAAGAGUAAAAUUAUGAUUAUGGAACAAGACGUUCCUAUUUUCAUCAGAGAAAGGUUGGUCUGGAGUUAUCGGACCCUAGACGGGGCUGGAGCAACCCAGUCAGAUGGGCGAAGUAUAAAGAGUAAAAUUAUUAUGGAACAAGACGUCCCUAUUUUCAUCAGAGAAAAGUUGGAGGGUGUGUAAUAACCAUCACCCUAAUAGACAAACGGCCAACCCUACCUGGAAUUACAGACCUCUUCCCAGCGAGGGCAGCAGGAGGAGGGUCCUGGGGCGGCGGCACUAAGGCGAGGCGUCGCCCCCCUCCCGCCUCAGCCUUCCUCCCGAGGCCCCGUCGCCCUGGCCAGGCCGGCCCGAGGGCUCGCCGCCCGGGGUGGGGCGUGGAGGGGCCGGCUCCUCCCUCGCCGCCGGGAGGAUGCUGCCGCCCGGCGGGGGAGCUCGGCCGGGGCGCUCAGUCGCUCAGUGCGCUCCCUCGAGGCUGCGAGGAAGGGCCGUGCGCUCUCGCCUCCCGCUCCGAGAGCGCAGCGCCCCAUCUUCUCCUCCUUCCCCGCCAUGGCCAACUCGUCGGCCGAGAUCCUCGCUUUCCUGCUGGUCAUCUCGGGCUGGGUGCUGGUGUCGUCCACGCUGCCCACGGACUACUGGAAAGUGUCCACCAUCGACGGCACUGUCAUCACCACGGCCACCUUCUGGGCCAACCUGUGGAAGACGUGCGUGACCGACUCCACCGGCGUCUCCAACUGCAAGGAUUUCCCUUCCAUGCUGGCGCUGGACGGUGCGCAAGUCCCUCUUCUUCUUCUCUAUCCGCCGCCUUCCUUGGAAGCAGAUGGGUCUCCUCGGAGAUCCGGGAUGGUGGGGAGGGCGAGAGGGAGGAGGAGGAGAGGGUUCUUUUUUUGUAGGAACAGCUCCUCGCGCUUCCGGAUGGCCACGGUGGAGGCUCUUUGCGCGCCCCUGGACUUUCUCUGCGCCCCUUACUUGGGAGUAAGCCCCGUUGGAUCCAGCGAGACUUACUUCCGAGGAAACACGCCUCGGGAAAGGUCCAGCUGCAAAGAAAUGUACGAGGAGGCUGGAGACCAGCUUGCCUUCUGAUCCAUUUUCUAAGAUCCGUGGGAAUGGGAAUAUAAAUAUUUUCACAUAAUUUUUUUUAAAUGAAUUCUGAAACUAUACCAUUUCCCUCCCACUAUUUCUUAUUUUUGUGUGUUUUUGUCUCCAUCUUAAAAUUAUAUAAAGUCUGUAUUUCAGCUGAUGAUAAUAAGAAAAGGGGGUUUGAUGUACAGGUGUGAAAAUAUUUCCCCCAAGUACAGAUGGAAACAUCUCAACAGUUGUGAACCAUUUCCCCCAUCUCUUUUUUUACUUUGUUUUUGAACUUUACUUGCUACCCAGGAUAAUUGCUGUGUGUUUUAUUUUAAAUGCUGAAAGGUUUGCUGAAUGCUCUAUAGGAAGACCAAACUGUUUGCGGCCACCAAAUGUUUUCACUGCUUUUUGGUCUUGGAGAGCUUUUGACAAUAUUCAAGCUUCUUCCCUUUAAGUCUUCCCUUGGCUCAGAAGGCAGACACCUUGGGAACUCACUCAUAACAGAUUUCAAGGAUCCCCUGGUUCUUAUCCUGAUGAAGGGAAGAACAAAUAGAAAUCCCCACUUUCCCGAGCAACAUCUGGAAUGUAGUGCUUUUUGGAAAUAUUGCUUUCUCAGCUUGUGCACUAGACAAGCAUAUAAACUAGUUCCUCAGAAGCUAAUAUGUGCCAGUACCUCUAAGACAGUCCCGGAUAUGAUCCUUGCCAGGUAGCUUUGUGCUUACCUCUUCCUCUUUACUGAAUAUGCAGGUAGGCUGGGAGGAAUCAGCAAGGGGUUGGAUAUCAACAGCUGAAACAGACCUCCUUCACAGGUGCCUUUCUCUUCCUCUGCAACUUCCCCCCCCCAAAAAAAAAACCCACCCCGAUUUGUCGAAGAGUGACUUAUUUAUACCAGGGCAUGUAAUAGCUCCCUGUUCAUCACCUGCCUCCAGGUGCCAAAGAUAUGCCCAGCAAGCAUUCGGUCACCUCAUCUCCCCAUCCUCCAUCUGCUCUCUAUGUUGGACCACUUUGGGAAGACACCACUUGCCCCUAUAAGUGCUUUGAAUGGUGUCCUGCAAGCACUUACUCUUCUGGAACAAGGGCUAGGUAGAUUUGAGCCCUGCAUUUCUCAGACCUAUCUGGACACUCUGUCAGGGAUGGACUUUAGUAAUCUUUCAUAAUGUGAGGUCAAAAUUUGGUGCCCCCAAAUAGAUCUUCUCAGUUUUGGGUCUUCUCAAUGUUGCACCUGCUCGGCUAUGCUGCUGCUCUAAAGGUGUGCCUGGAGUUGAUAGCGGGAAAGAAUCGUGCGACCCGGAACUUCCAUAUUCCUGCUCCUCUUUCUAAACCAUUUUUAAGCUGCUUUGCUAGUUGUGCAGUGGACGGAAUGAAGUGUAAUCUGACAAGCCAUGUAGCUAUUAACUCAUCCCUGAUAGCACCACAUACUUGUCUGUGACCUGCCAGUCAGUUCUCCUUGGUUUUGCCGCUGCUCCUUGCCACCCAAACUGCUUGCUUGCCUGCCCUCACCAAGGAGCAGGAGGAACAGCAAGCGGGCUGGUGAAAUAGCCGCUGGACAGGUGAGGGAUGAGAGGUAGCAGUGGCAUCAUGGAGAAGGUUGGCCAAGGGGAGGCAUCAGUUGGUCCUUCCCCAACUGCUCAGCCUGUGAGUAGGAGGAGCUUAAGAAGUUGCCAUCACUGCAAGGGGGGGCAGGUAAAGUUCCACCCCUGAGAAGUGAAAAGGGCCCUAUCCAAUGCCCUGUCUGAGGGAAACCCCCCCCAAAAAAAAACUCUGGGUAGGGUGGGUCUAUAAUCCAUGGAGUCCAUGGAGAGUGUCCUAUCUGAGAGAUUGAUUGAUUGAUUAAUUGAUUGAUUCUAUUUCUAUGCCGCUUUUUAUUAAAAUAAAUCCCAAAGUGGCUUACAAACAAAAGAUAAAAAUAACCUGAUGGAGCAUCACAAAUACAACAUAAAUCGUAUAGAAUACUUAACAGUGCCCUCUCCCAAACACACACACACACACACACACACACACACACACAGAGUGCUGGUAUUAGUUGAAAGGUAAAAAAUUUAGCUGUUUAAACACUUGGUUGCAAUACCAAAAGAAAAACAUGCUGCUGUGUCCUGAUGUAAGGGGUUUUUUUUGGCUGUGUUGUUUUUCCUCUUUCCAUUAUAAACGCUUCAAGAGUAGCAAACUGGCUGGUAUGUUAAUUGUCUCAGUGCUAGGAUGGCUAUUAUUAUAUUGAAUGGUUGCUAAGCUUUUGUAGUGGCUUCACGGGGAAAUAGUGAAAGGUUACCUAAAUAGUGAAGCACAAGUGUUGUUGGAAUCAGAAAGCUCUCCUAGAAAUCCCUAGGUAUUAAAAUUAUUAUUAUUAUUAUUAUUAUUAUUAUUAUUAUUAUUAUUUUAUAUUCAGGUACCUGUUUUGUUUAUCUUGAGGGGGGUCAGGGGUGGCAGUGGUUGGCUGAAAGAGACAAGGAAAAAUAAUGGAUGCUAUUGGUUUUAAGGCACAGUCCACCCAAAGGCAGCUCUGUUGCUCAUUUGACAUCCGUGAGAGAAAUUGAAGCAAGGGCUUCAACUCUGCAGUUGAAAUCAAUGGGACUUGAAAGUGCUUGAUUUUGGUUUUGAUAAUAAGAAUAAUAAGAAUAAUAAUAGGUCUCCCCAACCACUCUGAGCAGCUCCCAACAGAAUAUUAAAAACACGAUAAAGCAUCAAACAUUAAAAACUUCCCUAAACAGGGCUGCCUUCAGAUGUCUUCUGAAAGUCAGGUAGUUGUUUAUUUCCUUGACAUCUGAUGUGAGGGCAUUCUACAGGGCGGGCGCCACUACUGAGAAGGCCCUCUGCCUGGUUUCUUGUAACCUCACUUCUCGCAGGGAGGGAACCACCAGAAGGCCCUCGGCGCUGGACCUCAGGUUGAACCUUCAGGUAUAUUGGGCUGAGGCUGUUAAGGGCUUUAAAGGUCAGCUCCAACAUUUUGAAUUGUGUUCAGAAAUGUAUUGGGAGCCAAUGUAGGUCUUUCAGGACCAGUGUUUUUUGGUCCCAGUGGCCACUCCCAGGCACCAGUCUAGCUGCCACAUUCUGAAUUAGUUCCAGUUUCUGUGUCACCUUCAAAGGUAGCCCCACAUAGUGCGCAUUGUAGUAGUCCAAGCGAGAGAUAACUAGAGCAUGCACCACUCUGGCGAGACAGUCCAUGGGCAGGUAGGGUCUCAGCCUGCAUACCAGAUGGAGCUGAUAAACAGCUGCCCUGGAUACAGAAUUGACCUGUGCCUCCAUUGACAGCUGUCAAAAUGAUUCCCAGGCUGCGCACCUGGUCUUUCAAGGGCACAGUUACCCCAUGCAAGUCCAGGGACUCCUCCACACCCACCUGCCCCAUCUCCCCAAAAUAGUACUUCUGCCUUGUCAGGUUUCAACCUCAAUCUGAUUGUCCCCCUUGGUUUUUCCCCCACCUUACCUUUAGCAAAAGACUCCAGAGAUGUCUAAUGUUUUAUUCUAUUUUUUUAAAAAAUAAAUGCCUAUAAAAUCAUGGCACAUGCAUACUUACACUUCCAUCCUAAAGUUGAAAUACCAAACUCUUUAGGCUCAGUUCUGGUUGAAUUCCUGUUGGUUGGCCCAGAAUAUCUGCAAAUGAAGCCAUCUUUUCCCUACAGUUCCUAUGCUAACGUAAGCAUGAAAUCUUCCUGGAUUCCUAGCUGGUUUCUGUAAUCAGGGCUAGUAUUAGUAGGGUGCACCAGUGUGAUGACUUAGCCUUGCAUAUGAAGAACAUGCAAGGAUAAGGCAGGAUCUAUAAAGCCCUGGAUGACAGCCCAGUAUUGCACAUUCUGGCUGGGAGCAUCUUCCAGCCUUGCAACCUAAGAUUCUUUGAUUGGACAUGCCGGAGACUGAACUUGUGAUUUUUUCAGCAGACAAAGCUGGUGUUCUACCACUGAGCUCUGAUCCUUCCAUAUAAAUAGCAUUAAUAACAUAGGAAACUGCAUUUUGCUGAGUCAGGCCACUGGUCUAUCUAACUCAAUAGUGUCUAUGGUGACUGGCAAGUAGCUCUCUAGCCUUUCUGAUAGGGUUCUCUCCAAACCCUACCUGGAGAGUAAACAUGGGACUUUCUGCAUGCAGACAUUAAAGGCAGUCCUUUCCCUCAUAAUCUGAGAGCUGAUUUGCCUGCUCAGUGAUCUUGUUCUCCUGACACAGUACCAUUUCGAAAUGGAAUUCACUGUCGUGAGACAUGGUGAUGAUCAUUGCAUGAGAUGACUUUAAACAGCUAUCACAAGUAUUUGGGGAAGGCAGAUAUAUCAAUGGCAAUUGACCAUGAUACCUAAACAGAGCCUUUAGAGCAGGGGUCAGCAACCUUUAUUCAGCCGUGGGCUGGUCCACCAUCUCUCAGACCAUGUGGUGGGCCAGACUUUAUUUUUUUGGGGGGGAGUGAACAAAUUCCUAUGCCCCACAAAUAACCCAGAGAUGCAUUUUAAAUAAAAGCACACAUUCUACUCAUGUAAAAACACAAGGCAGGCCUCUGUGUUUUGUUUGUUUUAAGAGUGUUCCCCAUGCUUCAUCCAUUUUUGAUCCACUGGUGUAUACAUAUCCAUCUUUGAUUUAAGGCCUCAAUUGCUGCUAACAUUUUCUUCUUUAAAAAGUCUGCUGCUUGAAUAGAGCCAAAAUAAUUUAGUGGUUAGAGUGUUAGAGGAGAGGUGGGGUCCAUAUCAUGCUAUCUUUGCCAAGGCCAAGGGGAGUAAAUAUGUUAUCACAUCCUGUUAUUUAUUGCAUGAAUGAGCAAAUGUGAUGAGCAAUAUCUUCUCCAAUGUGCUUUUGGGGACCUUCCCGUUUCUUCUCUCUCCUGAUUUGGGAUCUCAUAUAGAUGCUUGUCAUUAUGUUAUUAGGGCAUGUCAUUUUCUAUCACCUCCUCCCUGACCCUUGACUCUCUCUCCUCCUGCCCUCCAAAUUACAGAUGUCCUGCUGGGACCUGCUGCUUGCAAACAAUGUGGUCAUCCAUAUAAUAAUCUUAUUCCAGUGUCACUUGUACAGCUCUCAUAGUCAGAAACACCUUGUGCAUCAUUGUUGUCCUUCUUUUUCCAUAUAGCUGUUCUAGUCACAACACAUAAAGUUAUAUUGCUUCUGAGGCAAACAAAGACCUCAAUCUUCCUGGUGUCGGCAUAUUUUAAAGCUUCUGUUAUUGCACGGGACAUGCAUUAAGGCUAAGGAGUCGUGCCACAUUGCAGGUUUUUAUACCGAUUGACCCAGAGGUCCCUUCUGUCAACUCCUUUUCUCAGCUUGAAAGGCAAAAUAUUGAUGUCUUCACCUUGUCCUCCGGGUAAAUGGAUGCACUCAGAGGGAAGCCGUACCUGUGAAACAGAAGCUUUCCUUAAACUUGAGCCCUAAGGGUGAGGAAGGAGCGCCUGAAAGAAGCUCAGUUUCUUUCAUCUUAGGGUUUAGGCUGAUCAGAUGUGAAGAGAAUGAGAGAUCCUCUUCUUUGAAGAGUUUUGCAAAGAAAAAUUUUGACAGGUGCAGGUUGUUGUUUUUCCCCCCUCCAGUCUUGCAUGGAAACGUGGGGUUUAUCAUUUGAGUUUUGGUGAAUAAAUGUUCGUGAGCGCAGGUGUAGCAGAGGAGAGGGUUGCAAUUCCCCCCCCCCCGACUUCUGCUCCUGUGCAGAACAAUUCAAGUUGUAAGAAGCUGGUGUAAGUUGCGCCAGGGUAGAUUAUGCCGGUGUAACUUACCUAUUUCCAUUCCAAACUCCAGGGACAGGGCUGCUGCCGGCUGAGCCAGCCCAAACCUAACAAAGAAAAUAAAACAAUAAAAAAGAGUUUUUCUUAUGCCACCCCUUUUGCCAGUGUAACUUCCACUGGAUUGCUAAGUCACAGGACUGAGUUGAAUGGAGUUUGGAAUCAGGGCAAGUCUCUCAUUGCCCCCAGUAGUGCAGUAGGAGAGCUGAAAAUAAUGCCAAUACAUUUCACAUUUGGCAUCCAGUGUGCCCCUUGGGUUUCAGAUAGUACAUGGGUAAAGGUAAAGGGAUCCCUGACCAUUAGGUCCAGUCGUGGCCGACUCUGGAGUUGCGGCGCUCAUCUCGCUUUAUUGGCUGAGGGAGCCGGCAUACAGCUUCCAGGUCAUGUGGCCAGCAUGACUAAGCCACUUCUGGCGAACCAGAGCAGCACACGGAAACAACGUUUACCUUCCUGCCAGAGCAGUACCUAUUUAUCUACUUGCACUUUGACAUGCUUUCGAACUGCUAGGUUGGCAGGAGCAGAGACCGAGCAACAGGAGCUCACCCCAUCACGGGGAUUCGAACCUCCAACCUUCUGAUCGGCAAGCCCUAGGCUCUGUGGUUUAACCCACAGUGCCAUCUGCGUCCCCAGUACAUGGGUAGACGAGUCUAAAAAGCCCAAGACACAAAUUUUCACAGCCCUCUAGCAGCUAUGGUGGCUCAUUAACAGACGUAAUGUAUUUAGAAGAGAAGAAGAGUUUGGAUUUGAUAUCCCACUUUAUCACUACCCGAAGGAGUCUCAAAGUGGCUAACAUUCUCCUUUCCCUUCCUCCCCCACAACAAACACUCUGUGAGGUGAGUGGGGCUGAGAGACUUCAGAGAAGUGUGACUAGCCCAAGGUCACCCAGCAGCUGCAUGUGGAGGAGCGGAGACACAAACCCGGUUCCCCAUAUUACGAGUCUACCGCUCUUAAGCACUACGCCACAUUGGCUCUCUAUUUAGCGUUAACUCUGGAAGUGUAUACUGUAAUCGAUACUGACCAAACUGAGCCUUCUAAUCUGUAUUUUGCUCUAGAUGACAACCCCCCCCCCAAUCCUUUGUUUGUAUGGCUCAAGCAUGCCUAGAGACGAAGGUCCUUUGCACUGCCAUCUUCAACUCAAGCUAGUGGUCCAAAGAGAUAUACAAACAGCAACAUCUGCCAUAAGUGUGGUUUGCAGUGGUUGCUCCAAGUGCCGAAGAGCUGAGUUUUUCUUUUUUCUUUCUUUCUAUUUUUUAAAAAAAUUAUUAAAACUUUUCAAGUUUAUACAUUUCACGAAUUUUACACAUUUCACGAAUUUUACAAUCUUUUUGACAUUUCUAAACUUGACUUCCUUCCCCUGCUUUCUGUGGUUCCUUAAAUUUUUUUGUAAUAUAUUCCACAUAUCCAAAUUAAUUUAAUUUGCUCAUUUAUUCAUCUUCUUUAAAUAUAUACUCUUAUGAAACUGAAGGUUAUUACAAUAAUCCUGCCCAUCUGUUUACAAUUUAUCUGUAAAUAUUCAGUAAACCAUUUCCAUUCUUUUAUAAAAAAAAGUUUGUUAUCUUGAUUUCUUAUUCUUCCGGUAAGUUUCGUCAUUUCUGCAUAUUCCAUUAGUUUUUGUAUCCAUUCUUCCUUUGCUGGGACUUCUGCUUCUUUCCAUUUUGGGGCAGGUAUCAUUCUUGCCACUGUAGUCGCAUACAGUGCUUUUUUCUGAGGGUAUGCUGGGGUAUGCAUACCCAUAAACAUUUUGUAAAUCUAAGUUUGGCCUCAUUGAGGGGCAGUAUUUCAAUAUAAGUAGGAAAUGAGAGUACCCCUAAACAUUUUUUUUAGAAAAAACACACUGGUCGCAUACAUGAAAAAACACACUGGUCGCAUACAUGAAUAAGUUUCUAUACAUUUUAGGUAGUUCUGUCCCUGUAAUUCCCAAAAGAAAAGCUUCUGGGUUGUUGUUUUUUACAAACGUUAUAUUAAACAUCCUUUUUGUUUCAUUAUAUAUCAUUUCCCGGUAAUGAACAGCUGGGUUUUGGGCAGGCAUUAACUGCAUUACAAAGUUCCCCAUCAGGAACAUCAUAGCAUGGAUGAUCCCAGUGGGCUUCUUGUAAAUGCCGAUCAGCGGUGUGCUGUUGUUUUGUACAUUUCCAUUUAUUUUCCAGAAUGAUAUCUAGGUGCAGAAUAAUAAAAAGUCUUUAGCAGUGCAGAUAUUGGUUACAUCUGCUUUUGCAAAGAUUGAUGAAUGCAAUGCAUGCGUCGGCUGUGUCGUUUAAAAAGCAUGUGUUUGCUGAUCUUUUCGACAUCUGUGAAAAGUCAACAGGCUGUCCUGAUCAAUAAAAACAGGAUAAAAAACCCAUAAUGGUAACUGCGAGAGAGUGAAGCACAGAGGUCAGCUAUCUGGUAGUUGCAGGAAGCCCAUUGGAAUUAACUGUGCUAUGAAGUUCCCUAAGAGAAACUACAGUGCCAUUGAUCAUUGCAGGCUUCCUGUUUCUGCCUAUCAGCUGAUCGGCACUGACAGCAAGCCUACCUUGAAAAAGAUCACUUCAAGGCCUUUGGUUGAUCCUUGACAGCCACAAUUCCUCCUUCUUUACAUCUGACAUCAAAAAGGGCACCAGGUGUGGGGCUGAGAAGCUAGUCUUGCAGCCGCCUCCAUCUCAGAUGUGUUCAUUAAUUCCCUGUCAAUUAAGAGAGUAGUGAAUCCAUAUUGGUCUUUAACCUACCGAGUUGGUUUGAAUAAUGCACUUAAAAAAAGAAAGAAAAUAAGUUUCUCUCCUUAACUGUUGUGGGCUGAUGCAAUGAAAUCACCGUUUUGCUCCUGUGUUUUGUAAAAACACGUGCCUCUGAGUAUUUUGUUGAGAUGCAACGGCUUUGUCUCCUUUCUCAAAAUCAGUAAUGGUAUUGAUGCUUGUAUGUUGGAAAUACAAGAAGAGUUGUUUUGUCCAAUGUGACAAUCAAUGAUCAUCCUCAGAGCAGCUGUUCCUUAAAUUUCUUUUCCCAUGGACCAUUUUGAAAUUCCUGAUGGUCUUUGGAGAUGACUUAGUAAUUUCCCCCCCUGUUGUAGCAAUUGUGAUGUGAUGUGCUAGAAACUGUAUGAUUUUCAAUUGUGCUUUUAUUACUUCUUUUCCUUCCUGUAUAUUGUGUUUGAUGGCAUCGCAACAAAUAUGCAAUUAAAAAUCAGUAUUGAAUGUGGAUAUACUGGGGUCCUCAGACCAUGUUGACCCGCUUUAUAGAAAGAGCAAGGUGACAACAAAAGCUACCCAGCUCCCUUUCUAAUCUGUUUGCCCUUUUGAACUGCAGUGGUAUUUUGGUUCUGGUGGCUGUCAUAGCUCAGAAUUGGCUAUUAUUUUGGGUUGCUGUUAAGGAAUGCUUUUUUGCCCUUUGGCUCUUAAACAAAAAAGGUCUCAAGGUUGGCAGCCGGCAGCCAUGAACUCAGUUCUGCUUUAGACAUCUUUCUAGAAAGCAUAUGUCCAUUUGUUAUCCUUUCACUUAGGGGCAUAGGAAGAAAACAUCUCUAAAAAGUUCUGCAACUUUUUAUUUUCAGAGAGUGACUAUCUACUGCAUGUGAUAAGCAAUUGCAACCAUGUGGUACUCAAAUAGCAAAUGAGUGAAUAGCGUUUUAAAAAUAACUAUUUCACAAAUUUUCAAGUGGCUCGUCAAAGUUGAUUCUUGGCUCCUAGUCCUAGCUUCUUCUGCAUUUUUUCCUUUUGCAAAUAUGUAUGUUGCUGUGUUGUACAACUGUGGGUGGUUUUCUGACAAUACUCCGGCUUUCGGCUCUUUCUUGCUGCUUAUUUUAUAUUGUGGUGCUUUUUUUUUAGUUGCCAUUAUUGCACACCGCUUUUUGUCCAUUUGUGGUGGGAAAGCAUAGAAAUAGCCUGUUUAUUUCCCGAUUCUGUAUUCAGCAUUUGGAAUCAAGAUUGCUUCAGAAUGUUAGGAAAAGUGACAGAGUGAGGAUAUUAAGUAGGCUUGCCAUACGUCAGGAAAACUCUUGACAUGUCCUGGUUUUCGGGUGUAAAAAAUGGCAUCGGGGGUAAUUUUGCCAAAUUGACAAAAUGUCAACCCAGAUGUAUGGCAAAAGCUUAAAAUCGCCCAAAAAAGCUCAACAACUUUCCUGUGGGUGUCAGGAAUUUUACUCUUUGAAAUAUGGCAACCCUAAUAUUAAGUAAUGUGCAAUGGUUGGUUCUGAUGUAACACUUAACUAUGGUUUAGGGUUACACGAAUUUCCCUUGGACCUGUAUUCUCUCUUCUCACCUGCUACAUUUGCUGAAAUUCCCUCUUUUACACAAGUAUUGAUGGUGCAAGAGUCCUGGUAUGCUUUCUAUCUAGCCUCCCCACUGCUGUGACAAGGAGCUGAUCAGUUUAUUCUGCUUUGUCGUUAUAUCUGAACAAGGGACAAGCUGUGGAUAGCCUCAAUUGUGGUUUGCUUGUUUGAAUGAGUGAACUUAAAAACCAUGGUUUAUGAUCCGGGCUUGUUUGGAUAAACCAUUGCUAAAGCUUACUGUAGUUCCUGCUUCAGACAAAAUGACAAACUACAAUUAGUUUUAAAAGGAACCAGAAACUUCCAGUCUAUUGCCCUCAGCCAAGCCAGGGGGUUUAGGGGAGGUUGGGAAGCAGACAAACUAUGGCUUAGCAUCAUGCCCACAUGAAGUGAAUGUUGUGUCACUUUUCUUCAAAUGCUAGGAGCCCGUUGAUAACUCUCCAGUAGUUUGACUUCACCUCUGAAGGCACAGUCUUCCGUUGUCUCCCGAGAUAGACAGAUGCCAACGAAGAACCAAUUGAUAAUGUUAUGUGUGUGGCUUAUGCUUCCUUCCUCAAUGAAAGCAAUAUUUAGGUGCUCACGACUUUUCCACUCCCUGCAGGGCUCUUGAGCAAGGAAGCAUAAACCAUUGCAGUGGCUAGACAUUUGGUGGGGUGAGACCCCCCCUAGCACAUAGCACAGAUGCUUAAAAGCUCUCAGUAUACCCGCUGGAUGGUAUCUCACCAGCUGUCGAUAUGUUUCCAGGCUAAGUUCAGGAAUCAUCUCUUAAUUUGCCAGUCCCUUAACUGCUUGGGUCCAGGAUGCUUUGAGUCUUGCCUGAUCCUUUAUAGCCCUGCCUAAUCACUGGGAUCUUCAGUGAGUUCCCCAUUGCCGUGGCCCAGGAUACCUGAAGGAGCGUCUCCACCCCCAUCAUUCUGCCCGGACACUGAGGUCCAGCUCCGAGGGUCUUCUGGCAGUUCCCUCACUGCGAGAAGUGAAGUUACAUGGAACCAGGCAGAGGGCCUUCUCGGUAGUGGCACCUGCCCUGUGGAAUGCCCUCCCAUCAGAUGUCAAAAAGAUAAACAACUACCUGGCAUUUAGAAGACAUCUGAAGGCAGCGCUGUUCAGGGAAGUUUUUAAUGUGUGACAUUUUAAUGUAUUUUUAAUCUUUGUUGGAAGCCGCCCAGAGUGGCUGGGGAAACCCAGCCAGAUGGGCAGGGUACAAAUAAUAAAUUAUUUUUAUUAUUAUUGCUCCUAUGCCCAGCUCUGUGGACUCCACCUCACUGUCUGGGAUGGGACAGCACCCCUGCCCCAACUGAACUUCAGAUGCUUUACAAAGACAUUUCUAUUUCAGCAGGCAUCUUAAGGAAGUUUCUGUGAUUUAUCUAAAUCUUAUGUUUUUUUAGUUUUUAUUUAUAAUUUUCAAGUUUAUACAUUUCAUUAGUUUUGCAAUCAAUUUGACAUCCUUCCCUCUCUUUCUGCGGUUCCUUAAAUUUAUUUAUGUUUUAAUAUCUUCUGCAUAUCCACAUUCGUUUCACUUUCUCAUUUAAUUACCUACUGUAAAUAUAUUGAAACUGCCUUGGAGCGUACCUCUGCCACAAUGUUCUUAUAUGCUUCCUACUUUCCACUUGCCUUUUGACAUGCCCGGAAACUAAUCCCUUUAGGAACAAUUGCAUUUGCCUGAUCCUGCCUUGGGGAGUUGGGACUGGAUGACCAUUUCACUCAUUAUUAUCCUGCCACUCCGUGAAUUUGUGUUGGUUCAAUGAGCUGAUCACACAUUUGCUUUCUCUACCCCCUGCUACCCGUCUCCCUAACAAAACAUGCGCUGGCCUUUGACCAGCAAAUGGCAGCCAUGUUGUUUUUAGCAGACGCUAAUUAUUUGGGUUGAGGUGAAUGUUUACUGCUUUGCCUAGGAGAUUUAGCCAUAAAUUAGAUGGGAGAGGACCUCUGGGUAAAUACCUUCAUGCUUCAUCACCCUUAAUGUGUUAAUUAGCUACUAACGGUGCCAAUAAAUUGGACCUGUCGGGAAAUAAUGGCUUCCUUGGCUAGUUUGAAUCUACAGGUGUAGCCGAAGAAUGUAACCCACAAAGUAUCUACAGAAGAAGAGAACUGGGCAAGGGCACAAAGGGAAGAGCUUUGGAAUAAAAACCCACUUUUAGUAACAUUAAACCAAGUCUACACACCCAUGUGAAGCCUUCACCACGCUGAAUCUGAAUUCAGCUCAGGAGGAGCACUUGGUGGUCCUCCAGGUUUAAUGCCCUUCUUUCUUUUUUUGCAGUUUCAUAUAGGCAGCAAAAACAGGGAGAGAGAUUUGUCACAGGGUAUGCUGCUGCCAAGCUGCGCUGCGUGCCUUUCAUUGGAAUUUGAAAUCAUGCCUAUGGAAGGUCAGAGGUCUGCUUAAAGGCAAUUUCAAGCUCGGAUUGAUUACACAUAGCGUUAUGUUUAAAGCGCGAUGGAGGAUUUGCUCAAAUGUCCAUUUUCCACAAGGGUAAUAUAAUUGGGAAUCUGUGGUCCAUCUCCUUUAAUUCUCUCUACAUUUUUUUGUGUUAAAUUGAGCCUGCUCCUGUGCCUUUGGCUGAAUCCAGGGUACAAAUAUUAAACAGGCGAAGCUUUUCCUGUUCUAGAAACUUUGGGGAAAGGUUCCCUAGCAAACGUUUUGGGUGUCUGGCCAAAAAUCCCAACAUUUAAAGGAAAUCAUAAUUCAUUCUCGUUUCAUGUGCUUCCUGCUCCAAAACCAAAUCAUCUUUCUCUCCUCUACAGAGAUUAUCUUAUGACCAGUUAAGAAAGUCUUCCUUUUCCUUCUAAUAAAAAUCUUUAUGACUACCCACCCAUGCCACACUAAGAAGGCAUAUUUUGAAAGCCCUUGUCAUAGGCAAUGUCACAGUAGCUUUUAAAUUUAGCAAAAGUUUCCCCUGGACCUUGUACUAUAGAAGCAAUUCCCUCCACCCCAAUUCUCCCUACCAUCAUGAUGUGCAGGGUUAAAGUUCCUUGUUGAAAAAUACAAGGAAAAUUGCUGAUUGGACGCCCUAACAGUGGAUGAUCCCUUUGUUAUAACAAGGUUUCUCCGCGUCAUUUCUGCGGAUGUCGGCAAUUAUGACGUCUGCUGAAGACAGGCAGAGCUAGCAAACAGAGGGAAAAAGGAAGAAAGUGCCUCAAGAGACUCUUGGCUGUUUAAGAGUAUCUACGCAAAAUUAUGUUCUUGCACUGCUUUAAAUUUUAUGGCAACAGUCGAGGGGAAAUGGUUUUAUGCAGGCAUCCAGCCAUGCAACAUGCUGCUAAGCAAAUGUGGGAAUUGUUGAAACUAGUAGUUGCCACAGACCUACUACUUCUGGCUUGAGGUGUGAGCAGCAGCACAUCGUCAGGCUGCUGCCAGCGACUUCCGGACGGUUGCCCAGGAACGUACAAAGACAAGGAAAUGUCUCUUACUGUCUGCUUUUUAUUCAAUAUUUACAGAGAGAGACUAUAGUACCCAGCCUCUUGGAUAAUGGCGUUUUCCCCAAGUGAAUCUGCACCCCCCCAUCUCUCCCACUUAAUCAUUCGCCAAUCUCAUUGUCUCUCCUAUGGGUGCUGAUAAGUGCCUUCUGUCUUUGAGCUCUUUGCUCCCCUACUUUCAAGGCUCGCCGGGUUCUGGGAGAGGGGCAGGGUCUGGAAUGCUUUCUAAAGACACUGUGUCCAUCAGCUGUCGCCCUCCUCGUGCUUCCUCUUCCUCUUCCUCCUCCUCCUCUCCCAUUAUUUCCCAACUUUCCCCCUCAUCUGCCUCUGAGCUGUGACCUCCCUCAAACCCGUGUUGUAAAUCUAAACUCUCUUCCUCUUCUUCCUCCCUGGAAGGGUCAAGCUGGGGAGGCGGUCUCCACCAUUCCUCCUCUCCCCAGUCCCUGACGAUCAUACUGCUUGAGACUGGAGCAAAUCAGUUGCCGGGACUGAAAGUCCAUGCCUCCUCAGGGCUUUUCCCAAGCAAUCAGAGACUGUACCUGUGUGUAGCCAACCUCUCCUCUCCUCCCUUUUCAUUCUUCUUCUGGUUUUGGGAGACCAGGCAGGAGGGGAGCUUGUUGCAAUAGUAGGGAAUCAUAGAAUCACAGAAUUGUAGCCUUGGAAGGGACCCUGAGGAUUGUCUAGUCCAGCCAACUCCCUGCAAUGCAACAGGAAUACGCAGCUGUCCCAUACAGGGAUCGUACCUGCAACCCUGGCAUUAUCAGCACCUUGCUCUAAGCAACUGAGCUAUCCAGAGAUUCUUGUGACUUUUCACCAGCCUGACUCAUUUCUGCCUCUUAGGCUCCCUCACUCCACUCUCCUGCCUCUGAUUCUUGACUGUUCUUUGCCACAGACUCUCCCAGCCCUCUAAGCCCUGUUACCUUUCAACAUCUCCUCUACCCAGUCUUCUUCCUCUUUUCCUUCUGACCACUCCUCGUUGUCCCACCUCCACUGUCUGGGCUCUGAGCCUUUUCCCCUCGAUGGUUUCCACACUGGUUCCUCUCGCCAUUCCUCUGUGUCCAACCAGUCCAUGGCCAAUGGAUUACUUCUUUAGAAAGAUCUGCAGACCACUUAUUCACAUUGAUCUCAAAGCAGCGUGCAUCGUAAGGAGCCCGAUUAACGCAAGUACAAUUAUAAUUUUGGGUAGUAAGCUGGACAAUGACCUGUCACAGACACAAUGUCCCUGCUCUCCUGACAAUAGUUAGGAGACUGGGAACACGUUGAGGGGUCAAAUGCUUAUUCCCUCCUGCCCUGUCUGUGCCAUGUCCUCCUGUGCGGUUUGCUUCUAGGGCUGCCACAUUUGGAAGAGCAAAAAAGAGGACACAUUGGCUCACUUCUACCUUUAAAUACUCCUACUAUACGUAGGCUAUAGAAACUGUGAUAUAUUGCUAGUAGUGAGGGGUGGGAGCACGACACGUGGGGCUUUUAAAAUUGUUUUUAUUUAAAAAACGUCUUGGAUUAGUGUAAACAAAAAACCAAAAAACCCAGACAUUUUGCCAAAUUUUAAAAAUCUGCGCAGACAGAAAUUUUAAUCCUGAAAAAGAGGACAUGUCCUGGAAAAAGAAGACAUAUGGCAACCUUAUUGUGGUGCUGACCAUAGUUAAUAUAGUGCAGCUGUAAAAGAAAACCAUGGUUAAGGCUGACAAGGGAAAGGGAAGGGAUUUGCAUGUGAGGAAUUAGAAGGGAUGGAACAUAUAUGAUAAUAAUUUUUAUUAGUUUUCAAUUACAGUCCAAUAAUAGCCACAUUAUAACAAUGCCAAAUUAUAAUACAAUUACUAAUACCAAUCAUUAAGAUACCAAAUUAUAUAAUUUACCGUCGGUGGCCCCCUGCGUGCUAGAAUUGAUGGUUUGAUGAUUUUAUUUCUGCGUUCCAAAAUCUUAGUUUCAAUUACACUCCAGUCAAGAUAACAAUCUCUUACACAACAGCUGCAGUAUUAACAACUUCCAUUCGUACUGACAAAUUAAAUGAUUUAUAAAACUACAGGUGAGGCAGUCAAACUAUAUCCUUAUUCUUCCUGUUUGUGGCAAUUAUUCUGUUCGUGGUGUUUCUUCCUGUCCUUGUAAAAUGUUGUGUCUUAUCUUUUCCCGGUUGUUCCUGUUCUCCUUCAUGCCUUGGGCAGAGCUGAUAUCUCAUUGUUGUUUCACUACACCAGUGUGGUGUAGUGGUUCAGAGCGGUAGUCUCGUAAUCUGUUGAACCGGGUUCCAUUCCCCGCUCCUCCACAUGCAGCUGCUGGGUGACCUUGGGCCAGUCACACUUCUCUGAAGUCAGCCUCACUCACCUCACAGAGUGUUUGUUGUGGGAAGGAAGGGAAAGGAGAUUGUUAGCCGCUUUAAGACUCCUGAGGGUAGUGAUAAAGCCGGAUAUCAGAUCCAAACUCUUCUUCCUCUUGUUUCAGAAAUUCUCCAUUGCUCCGUCUCAUGCUUCUUUAUUUUGCAACUUUACCAGCAGCUGCGAAAACCACACUGUCACAAUUAAUAACCUGUUUCCACCAUUUUCCCUCUCAGCCUGGGAAGGAGAGUGAUCUGUCGAACUGCAAAUGGCUCAGUAAUUAACCAUACGGAGGGAUGGAGCAUAUGAACUCAUGGCACACUCCAAAUCUCUGGGGUUAGGACGAUCAGGAGUGUUUCACUUGCACUGGAAUUAUGGAAGUUGAAACUGCUGCCUAAUACCAAAUUUUACCAUUGUAUUUUUCAGGUUACAUCCAGGCCUGUCGAGGACUCAUGAUUGCCGCUGUCUGUCUUGGGUUCUUUGGCUCCGUCUUUGCACUGGUUGGGAUGAAAUGUACGAAAAUUGGAGGCUCGGACCAGACGAAAGCUAAAAUUGCCUGUUUAGCUGGCUUUAUUUUCAUACUGUGCGGUAAAUAUGAAAUUAUAAAUGCUCUGUGUUUUACACCAAGUGGAUGUAAAGCUGUUCUUAAUUUCAUCAUCGUCAUCCAGUUACUAAACAUCUGGUACUAACUAAACAUCUGGUUCCCCAUCUGCUGCUUUUUUUAGGGCUGUGUGCUAUGGCUGGUUGCUCCCUGUAUGCAAAUCGAAUUACGUCAGAAUUCUUCGAUCCCACAUAUAUUGCCCAAAAGUAAGUCAGAGGGAGGGGUGUGCAUUGGGACUUUUCGAAGAUAUGUAGGUGGGUUGCAAUUGGUUCCUUCAUUCCUACGAUAUGCUUUAAUUUACAUAUGCAAAAUGCAGGCAGAAAUGUCCCAUCAAAAGUAGCAUGACUAUACAGGUGGUCCAGUACAGGUGUAAUCGGACGUAAGCCCCCCUGAGUUAAGUGAGGCUUACUCCCUGGUAAGUGGGUUCAGGAGUGUAGAUAGAGUGCAGAUAGAUUUGUCUGCACGUGGCUUUUCCGAUUCGCCAGUUUUCUCAAAUUUGAGAAAAGAGGCAGCCCCUUCUUUUUGCAUCUUGCGUCUUUCCCGAGCCUGUCAUUUGCUUCCCUCUGCCACCUGCCAGCAAAACCUCUUUGCUGCAGAAGAUGGUGGAUGACAUGUCCAGAAAAUGAAAAACAGGUGAGAGAAAGGCUGCUGUCUCUUCUGCUGCACAAGGAAGUUUUAAAGGUGUGUGUGCACAUUUUACAUGCUACAACAUAAAAGAUUGCUGGAUAAAUGCCCCAGAUAUGAAUGAUUAGGUAAAGGUAAAGGGACCCCUGACCAUUAGGUCCAGUCACGGACAACUCUGGGGUUGCGGUGCUCAUCUCGCUUUAUUGGCCGAGGGAGCCAGCGUACAGCUUCCAAGUCAUGUGGCCAGCAUGACUAAGCCGCUUCUGGUGAACCAGAGCAGUGCACGGAAACACCGUUUACCUUCCCACCAGAGCGGUACCUAUUUAUCUACUUGCACUUCGUGCUUUUGAACUGCUAGGUUGGCAGGAGCAGGGACUGAGCAACAGAAGCUCACUCCGUCACGGGGAUUCGAACCACUGACCUUCUGAUCGGCAAGCCCUAGGCUCUGUGGUUUAACCCACAGUGCCACUCGCUGGAUAAACUGCUGGAUAAAUGCCCCAGAUAUGAAUGAUUACAAGCCAUCAAAUCAGUCUUGACAGCAGAUUCUUUUUAUUUAAAAAAUGAUAGGCAUGUGACUCAUGUAAUAAGAAGUCCUUUAAUAAUCCAAAUAAUUUAUUUAUCUUGGAACAUCCAUACUCUGCCUGUCAAAGCGCAAGCAAAAUGAGUGCCGCAACCCCGUAGUCGCAUUUGACUGGACUUAACUGUCCAGGGGUCCUUUUUCUGCCUGUCAACUGAAGAUCUUGUGGCAGGUUACAAAAUCUGAAGGCAGUCCUGUUUAGGGAAGUUUUUAUUAUUUGAUGUUUUAUCGUGUUUUUAAUAUUCUGUUGGGAGCCACCCAGAGAGGUUGGGGAAACCAAGCCAAUUGGGUGGGGUAUAAAUAAUAAAUUAUUAUUAUUAUUAUUAAAAUAUUUAAAAUAGGCAAUGGUACAAUACUUACUAGAAUGGAACAAAAGUGCAUUUAUAAACCAGUUAAGAUUUUUAAAAUCUGUAAGCGAUGUAUAAUAUAAAAACACACACAAUAUAUAAUUAAAACAAAAAUUGAGCAAAACUGCAUUAUAAAGGCAUAUAAAAGCACAAACUCAGGGGAUUCAGGCAUAUGGAACAGGGUCUGAUCUUUCAGGUCAGGGAAGGCCUAUACAGUGGUACCUCGGGUUAAGUACUUAAUUCGUUCCGGAGGUCCGUACUUAACCUGAAACUGUUCUUAACCUGAAGCACCACUUUAGCUAAUGGGGCCUCCUGCUGCUGCUGCGCUGCUGCUGCACGAUUUCUAUUCUCAUCCUGAAGCAAAGUUCUUAACCCGAGGUAAUAUUUCUGGGUUAGCGGAGUCUGUAACCUGAAGCAUAUGUAACCUGAAGCGUAUGUAACCCGAGGUACCACUGUAUAAAUUCUCCCCCUAGUUUUCGGAUGUUGCAAAGUGCCUCACUGAAACCAAAUUUCCUGGCCUGGAACUGAGUCUGCUGAUCCAAAUAUACUGAAGGUUUUUUAGAAAUACAAAAAUGCAAGGUUUGAGGUACACAAACAGCACCAAAGAGAUGCAUCGUCAUCAUCCUCGUUGUUAUAGUUAAAUUGUAUUCUUGAAUGUAGUACAGUGGUAUCUCGGAAGUCGAACAGAACCCGUUCCGAAAAUCCAUUUGACUUCCAAAACAUUCGGAAACCAAGGUGCAGCUUCCGAUUGGCUUCAAGAAGCUCCUACAGCCAAUGAGAACCCGCAGAACCUGCGUUGGACAUUCAGGUUCCAAAGAACGUUCGCAAACCGGAACACUCACUUCCGGGUUUGUGGUGUUCAGGAGCCAAAAUGUUUGAGUCACAAGGCGUUCGACUUCCGAGGUAUGACUGCAUGUUUCAGCGGGUCAUACUUAUUUCUGUGUUGAAUAAGUAGAUCAAAACUUGUAAAAGUAGUGAGGUUGCAUGGGCCUGUAACUCACUUACCUGCUUUAGGACGCCCACAGUAAACAUUUAGGUUUACCAUGUCUUACUCUUGCACCUUACGCCAGCUUAAUACACAUAAAUUUAUCAUGUGGUGCAUUUUCCAGCUUAAUACACAUAAAUUUAGCAUGUGGUGCAUUUUCCAGAAAAUAUUUUUUUUGCAUCUGGCUCAAAGGAGUGAAAAUCAGCUUGCUCAAAACAUGGUUACCAGAGGCUAAAGUACAGGGAUGAGGUGGCAGCAGUGAUUAUUUUAAUUUGCUACAGCGGGGAUUAUUUAUUGUUAAUAAUAUUUAUUAAAUUCGUAUACCUCCCUACACCUGCAGGGCGGUUCACAUCAUUGAAAUGCAAUAUAAAAACCUGUAGGCCUCAAUAUGUUGUUUUAGAUCUUCCCCAGUUUUCAUCCAUAUCAGAAUGUUUCUUAAAAUGUUAUAAAGAGGGGUUUUCUCCCAUUGUUUUGAGUCUUGUUGUUUGCUACCCUGAGCUCAUUAGGGAGGAAGGAUGGGAUAUAUAUAUAUAUAUAUAUAUAUAUUUAAUUGCUUGUUGAGGAGUUCUGUAAGCCUAUCUUGAAAUCUCUGUACUUUGCUAACCGUGUCUACUCAGAAAUAAGUCCUAUUGAGUUCUAUAAGUCUUACUUCCAGGUAAGUGAAGUUGGGGGAGGGGGGGAAACCUAGUCAAAAUUUUGACAUUCAUUUAUCUAUUAUCAGCCUUAACAGGGAUUACCUCUUUUGCUGGAAGUAAAAUCCAUCUGAAUCUAUGGACAUGCUUCCAUGCCUGUGGCGGUUGCUUGCCAAGGGUGUUUGGAGUCUAGAACUAUAACACAUGGCGAAUGAAAAAGGCAAAUAUCCAAAACAGCAGAAGUUCUGGUGACUUUUUGUUCUGUUCUGAAGUACACUGUGUACUGCUCCCACAAAGUUGUUCAGUGAAAAUAUAUGUUAAUAUGUUGCAUGGCUUUGUUUAUCUGUGUCACACCAAAAAUACAAAAUGAAUGAAACCUAUUUUCUGAUUAAACAAUUUACGAAGCAAGAAUGUAUCGCUUACCUGCAGGUAUGAAUUAGGAGCGGCUUUGUUCAUUGGAUGGGCCGGAUCGGCACUUUGCAUAAUUGGCGGCAGCAUAUUCUGCUUUUCGAUUGCCGAAAACAAUAAAACUCCAAGGUACAGAUCACACCAGCUUUAUUGAAAUUAAUGCAUUAGCAUAUUUCUAAUUAUUAAACGUGUAAGAAAGUAAGCUAUGCAGAUCCAGUUUGCAUAUCUUUCAAAAACAAACUUAGGAUUUAGGAACAACUGGUUGAAAUGUGGGGGGGAUAAAACACCUUUAAGGAAACUCUUCUUUGAUAUUAGUUGUCUGUAUAAGGCUUUAGUGCAGCGUGAGACGCCGUGUGGCAGAAGCUGAUACCAAAGGCUCCAUUUGCAUCAUGGAGAUGCCUUUAAUGCUUCCUCUCUAAAGGGGUAUCUCAUGUGUUUUCAUCGCUCUUAAGAAGCAUAGCGUCCUGUCCUUUGCUGCCACACAAAGAACCUGAACUCCUGUCUCUGCCAAAGUCUUUGAUGAGUGAAUCAGAUCAGCACAGAUUGCACAGUGCAGGAGGUAUCUAAGUUGCACAGAUGAUACUCAACUUAGGUUCUGGGGAUAGCGCAUAAAGGCAAAAUCGUGCAUGAUCAAAACACAUUGUGUUCGAUGGCAGGUGAGAUUGCCAAAGUCCCCCCCCCCCGACUCUCACCCUCUUUCCGCUCCCCCCCUUUAUUUUGCCAAGUGUGCAAAGCUGAAUGUGCACCAAAUAAAAGUGUGUAAGUUGAGAGCUACUUAUACAGGCAUCCCCCUGUAUAUAUAGGACAGAGGAAGCCCCAAAGAGACCAGAGGUUCAGCAGGGCUUUGUUUAGGCUGCUCAGUCGCCCCGCCUAACAGCUGGCACGUGGGGCAGUGCAGCAGCAGCGGCAGCUGCUUUCUCACACGUCCUCCAGUCUCCAGACGGCCCUAGAGCUUCAACUCCGGAUAUUUUGGUCUGGAUUGAAGAGAGAGCAGGAGAGAGAACUGGAGAGCAGAGGGAAAUAGGCAUUUAGAGACUUUUCAGAGGGUGCUCCCUACUUUACACGAUUUCACACACACACAUACCGUGUGGGAGGACGCCUGUAUAGACAACUGGCUAACCACAAGCACUUCUUGAUUUCACUUCCCUCUUCAUGCUAUGACCCUCCCCAUGGUUAUCCAGCACCCUGAGCUCCUCUCAUUCCUCCUAAAGAUCCUCCCCUCCCCUCCAUGACACCUCCAUGGGGCUCGUGACAAUUAGGUUUCAUGAUUCAGGAACAAGGGCUGAUAACUCUGAAUCUAGGAGAUAUUUUAAUUCUUUUACAGUAAAGAAACUAGGGUAACUCUGCAGAUAUCUUUUCAUUUCUCCAGGUGCGGGAUGCAAAGCAUCCCACAGCUGGAUGGCCGUAUGUUCCCUGGGUCUAAUCAGAAUGCUUCCCACACAGUUCUGUGGUGACAUAAGGAGUGAAGGAGACCUGGAAUUCUUUGCUGAAAGUAAAAAAGGGAAAUGAAUGUGGCUCUUGCUCACUUCAAGAAAGCAGGAGCAAGGAAGCCAUAUUGUGGUUCAUGUGGAGGAUUGACUCUUUAGGUGACUCUUUAGGAGGACGUUCUAUUUCCCAAUUGGCAGGGGCCUGAAUCCAUGCAAUCCAGCUGUGAAGUGGCGACCCGACACCUGCACGAUUCCUAUUGCACAAUCUCCCCUGAAGGCCCCCCCCCCAAACACACAAAAGUUGUGCAUUCCCAGUGAUGGCAAACAAACGUGACCUGCAGAGCUGACUACAAAGAACAUUUGCAUCCCUGGGUGAAGAUAAUGCACACAUGUAGGGAUAAUACAAGCCACGGGCUGAAGACCACGCGAAGAGCCCUUUGGCACCAGGCAUUGGGGAUGAUAAAUGGGCUAGGUCAUUUGAUAGGGAGGCAACAAGAAUUUUUUAAUCUUAUUGAAAGUUGGUUUAUGAUUGUCAUCAAUAAAUGAAUGAGCAGGAUAGGAUUAGUGCCAACACUUCUAGUGAUCUGAACUAUGUGUACUUACAGUGUAGACAGAGAGUGUAACUACAAAUAAGUAAUUCUACUUACUUCAGCUAUAGGGUCAUAGACUUUCCUCUGUCUUUCCAUCUUGGAAGAAUACUCUAUAAUCUACACUCUACAGUUAUAGAAAAAAUGCUAUGAAAAUGCUAUUAAAAAUGUUAUAAAUAUAUAUAUAUAUGCAAUUUGCCAUUGAACUCUAAAGGAAAAAAGGAAAAAAGAAAAGAACUCUGCAGGCUGUUUGGGCUCUGGGUCCUUUGUAUCCAGGCCCAAAUAUGCAAAAUAAAAAUAUCAAUCACACCAAUAUGGAAAAUGCAUGACUUAAAUGAUAAGAAGUGACUGCUGAAGACAACUGGAGCAUUGCAAUUCUUUGGGAUAAAAGUACCAGCCUUUUCCAAACUGGUUCCUUUGCCCUGAUAGGCACACAUUCAUGCCCUCCCUCCAACCAUUUAUCCAAGCAGGUAAACCCAUUUCUAGUACGAAAUGUAGGCAAUAUUGUCACUUGCCUCAAUUUCUUAACAUUGGCCUUUGUUAGGAAGGAUUCCACAGCUUCAGCUCUUCUUUGAGAAAUGAAGAUCUCGUAAUCAUUAGAUGGCAGCUUUCUUUUCCUUGGUUUGGCCAUUAACUCGACUUUCCAUGCUUUUGACCCUGCUGGGCUAAACGUUUGACCUACAUGUUUUGGUAACCUCAGGCCUUAAGGGGCAAUCUGAGCUCCCACGGUCAAUGAAGCAAAGCUAUGGGAAUGCUUUGCACGAAACUCAUUGUGGUUCUGGGUGUCUAGACACAAAGAUGGAUGUGGGCAUGUUGAGAAUUCAGAAGUCAAUGUGGGAUCUUUGUUAACUGCCUUGUGGGCAGAUACAUCCUUGCAUUCUUCCGACGCUUUGCCGUUUUAGCGACAGGAGAGCAUUCCACUGCAACCUGGGAAGAUUGCCCUGAAAACUUGUUUUGACUUUGAUUUCAUCAUUUUUGGUCACAGAAAGACUUCUCCCCAAGACUGGCAAAAUAAGGCCUCUCCUCCUAGCUGCCCCAAAUGGCUGGUUGGUUUUAAUUUCCAGCGCUAGAGGCAUACUGACCAACUCUGUCAGUUCCUUAUCUUUCAGCUUAACCCUACCACAAUACCAUCCCAUCAUGAAACUAUAGGGAAUAAAAAUCAGAAGAAUCUUUUAUUUGCAUCAGCCACUAGCCAUAACGAUAAAAUAAAGUAAAAUAAAAUGUACUGAAGAGGUAAAAAUUUAACUCUACAAGAUGCAUUUUGGAGGUUUACAUCAAUAAUCAAAUAAUAAAUCUUAUUCUAAUUGCCCCCAGCUAAAAACCUCACAGUUUUUGCUGCCACCUGAUCAUCUUGAUCUGCUAAAAGAAAGGACACAGUAGCAAUGGUUGAGUGACCUGGAAUGGGCAAUAAUAGAGGGGUAACAAACUCACUCCUCAAAUCUUUAUAAAGAGUGCAGCCAGAAGCACAUGAGCCACUGACUCAAUACUGCCAUCUCCACAGGGACACAACCGUUUUUCCAGUGGAAUUUUGAAACUAUAGGGAGUCAAACCAACCCCACUAGCCUAUUUGCCUAACCUGCUUUGUUUCAGAAUUAAAAAGAUUUGCAAAGGGUGCCAGGAGACCUCGCUGCAACGUACACUCCACAUUAGAGUAAAUAAUUUGCCAGAGUUGACCUUUUCAUAUAUUUCCUUCGUGGUUGUGUAAUAAUGUCCAGUCAGCCAACUUGAGGAUAUAUUGAACAUGUGAUCCCAGCCACCUGGAGUCACAAGGUUUGUAUUUAACUAGCGGCCCAAGCUGGGGGUCACAUCCGAACCUCAUGCAUCAAACUCACAUCCACACACAAUUCAGUGCAUAUAUUCCUUAGGACCCUAGUAAGUUGGACCCUAGUAAGUAAGUUAGGGACACGGGUGGCGCUGUGGGUUAAACCACAGAGCCUAGGGCUUGCUGAUCAGAAGGUCGGCAGUUCAAAUUCCCGCGACAGGGUGAGCUCCCGUUGCUCAGUCCCUGCUCCUGCCAACCUAGCAGUUCAAAAACAUGAAGUGCAAGUAGAUAAAUAGGUAGCACUCCAGCAGGAAGGUAAAUGGUGUUUCCGUGCGCUGCUCUGGUUUCCCCAGAAGCGGCUCAGUCAUGCUGGCCACAUGACCCAGAAAAACUGUCUGCGGACAAACGUCGGCUCCCUUGGCCAGUAAAGAGAGAUGAGCGCCGCAACCCCAUAGUCGUUCGCGACUGGACUUAACUGUCAGGGGUCCUUUACCUUUUAAGUUACUCUCAGGUAAGCAUGUAGAAGAUUGUAGCCCAACUGACAUGUUUAUUCAGAAGUAAGUCUCACGUAUAGACAUGUAUAGGAGUGCACUGUUAGGUAAUGAACUGGAAAACGCCGUUAUAAAAAAUUACUAAGUGGCUGGAGGAAAGUUCCUUAGCCCUCAAUCUGCCAAUACAGGCAAUGAUCAUUUUAGGUGCGUCCAAUAUGUUUGUGACAGCGCACUUGCGCAUCGUGCCAAACCCGAAAGUGACCUGAAAAUGUCACAAAAAGGGGUGGGGCCAGGGCGGAGUCUUUUCAAUGUUGUUUCAAAUAUACUCGAUUUCACUCAAACGUGUGGCACCACGAACAUAACCCCGGCGUAAAUUGUGAGUUGCCUGUCUAGAAAAGGCAGUGCUUCAGAACUGUUUGAUAGAUUAUUAUUUUUAAAAAGUUAUCAAGAUAGUAACUUAGUUCAGAAAUAACGACAAGCCAAACUGUAGCUCAACACAAAUACACAAAAGUGUAGACUCUCCAAGUGAAGAUGGCUGCUGUUUUGCUCUGCCCCCCAAGUUCUGCUGUUGCCAUGCUACUAAGUCGUAGCUUGGCUUAGCAUUAUGUCUGAACCCAGGCUCAUGGCUUGCAUCUCUUUGUCUAGAGGGAGACAAACCAUGAGCAGAACACUAAGCCAAGGCACCAGAGCAGGCUUCCUCAAACUCGGCCCUCCAGAUGUUUUGAGACUACAAUUCCCCUUAUCCUUGACCACUGGUCCUGCUAGCUAAGGAUCAUGGGAGCUGUAGGCCAAAAACAUAUGGAGGGCCGAGUUUGAGGAAGCCUACACUAGAGGUACUUUAGUUAUGUUUGUGAUGUUUAUUUGAUUUUAUUUUUUUAAAAAAGAGAGAGUCACUCAGCCAUAGUUUUUCUUAGCAUCACGAGAACUGAUAUGUAAGUGAACUGCUAUUGAACCUUGAGAAGUGCAAUAUAAAUUCUGACUAAGAAUUUGUGCUGAAUUUGCCCCUAUAGUGGUACCUCUGGUUACAAAAUUAAUUCAUUACGGAGGUCCAUUCUUAACCUGAAACCGUUCUUAACCUGAGGUACCACUUUAGCUAAUGGGGCCUCCCGCUGCUGCCACACUGCCAGCUCACGAUUUCUAUUCUCAUCCUGAGGUAAAGUUCUUAACCCGAGGUACUACUUCAGGGUUAGCAGAGUCUGAACCUGAAGUGUUUGUAACCCGAGGUACCACUGUAUUUUUAUUCAACACUGAGGUUUCUCAGAAUAGUCCCUAAGCACUUUGCACUGACAGUGAGUAGGCUCAUGUCAGACAUUUUUUUCUUCUAACGAAGGAUGGGGUUUGCUCUUAAAAUAUCUGCUAGCAUUUGCAGAAUGAGCUGUAAACUGUAACUUUCUCAUUUUUCAGGAUGGGAUAUACAUACAACAGAGCAGCUUCCGCGAUGUCUAUUCGAACAAAGGGCUGCAAUGGCUCAGCAGACUUAAAAAUGCCUAGAGCCCCUCCAAAGCACUUCGACAAAAACGCCUACGUGUAGCCAGAUGACUCCAAGAGUUUAUUUUUUUAAAAAAUCACAUUUGUGCUGUUCAUUCACAGAAUGAUUUUUAAGGGAGAUUUCUGGUGUCGUUAGCACCAGAAAUAAGAAUACUUUCUAAAUGAACUUUUACCUACUUGAUGUAAAUUUUCCUCUUCCCUC